AUGCUGGACAUCAGAAUGAAGGAGGCGUGUCGUAUCUGCGCGCAGGAGCUCUGCGGUAACCAACGCCGAUGGAUCUUCCACCCUGCCUCCAAACUCAACCUCCAGGUGCUCCUGUCCCACGCCCUGGGUCGAGAGCUGACCCGGGACGGGCGCUGCGAAUUCGCCUGCUCCAAGUGUGCCUUCAUACUGGAGCGCAUGUAUAGGUUUGAUACGGUCAUCGCUCGUGUGGAGGCUCUGUCCAUCGAACGGCUGCAGACGCUGCUCCAGGAGAAACACCGGCUACGUGGCCUCAUCGGAGGCCUCUACCGGAAGUCCAACGGGGAGGAGGGGGGCGGUGGUGGAGGGGUCAUUACUGGGCCUGGGGGUACGGGAGGAGGAGGGGUACAGGGGGAAGGUAUAGUGGACAUGUCUGGUCUGACCCAUGCUAAGUACUGUGCUCUGCUCCAGGAGGACUUGGUGUACUCUCUGUAUGAGUCCUGGGCUGUGAAGGGGUUAGAGUUCGGGGGUCACCACCAUCAUCAUCAUGGGCAUUGCCCACAAUGCCCAGGGUCAGAGGUGACGGCUGUUGGGUCACAGCGCUGUGGGACAGUCACGCCUUCGCCCAGGAAGUGCCAAGGGUGCACAGCGUGGCGAGUCGCGGACUCUGACUACGAGGCCGUGUGUAAAGUACCCAGGAAGUUGGCACGGAGUAUUUCCUGUGGCCCAUCGACGAGGUAUUCGACCAGUGUGAUUGGAGUAGAAAGAGGUAGAGGAGGGGAGGAAGAGCCAAAAGGGACCCACUCCUCGCUCACGCUGGUCCCAGGGUCCAAGCUUCAGUCCCGGGCUUCAGACAGUGACCGUACCCUAGCGGGUCGAGACAGCUCCAGCCCCUCCAUAGACUCCCUGGAUAUAGCUGGAGAAUCUACCCGGCUGUCUGCUAUCCAAGAUGAGGACGAGGGGCUAGUGUACCCCCGGGACCCCCUGGAUGACCGGUUCUCUGACUCCCUGUCUGAAGAGCACCACCUGGUGACCCCGAUGAGAUCGGCCUCCCACCUCUCCCAGGCCCUCUGCCUGGUCCAGAACUGUGUGUACCGGCCCGUCCAGAGCCCCAAGGGAAGCAGAUUGCCUGUGCUGCUCAGACAGAGCCCCAGCGAUGGAGGCUCCAGACUUGGCUUCUAUGAGCCGGCCUUGAGGUUGCUGCAUCGAAGUCCGAAUGGAGAGGGGGAGAUCCAUGGCCAUGUACCCGACCCAGAGGCCCCUCCGAUCAGGCUGGACGGUGAGAUGGAUGGGGGUCUGGACCUGGCUGAGAUGGAGGAGCUGUGGGAGGAUCUGUAUCAUGAGUGUCCUCCCCCACACCCCCACCAGGUAUACGACAGCUGCUCUCCAGCCAGCUCUCCAGCCAGCUCUCCAGCCAGCUCUCAAGCCAGCUUUGGUCAUCGGCUCACUAAUCUCGUUUUAUUGUCUUUGCUCAAGCUUGCCAGAUACUAAAAUCAGAAGGAGUGUUUUCUUUCAAUAGAACACCUUAUUUUACUACAUAUCUUAUUUGUGCCAUAUUUAAUCAUCUGUAGAUGUAGAGAAUAUUCCAGAAGGUUACUUGGUUAUCUUUGAAUCCAGCACACAGUGCAGUGCUCCCAACCGUGAGAAUAUUCCUGUUCUCUCCAUGCUCCUAGCUAAUUAGCUGGGUAAUUCAACUGUCCAUCUCCAUCACCUAAACCUCUCCCUCCCCCUCUCCAGAGAAGAUGCACAUUAGAGGAUGUGUGCUCUGUAGCACUUAAAUCUAUGUGUGUGAGAGUGUCUGUGAGUGUGUGUGUGUGUGUGUGUGUCUAUGAGGUCAUUCUAUGACUCAGGCGUGUACGUGCCUAGAUGCACAUCAUACAAUCCUUCAGAUGUGUGCGUGUGCGUGUGCGUGUGCGUGUGUGUGUGUGUGUGUGUGUGUGUGUGUGUGUGUGUGUGUGUGUGUGUGUGUGUGUGUGUGUGUGUGUGUGUGUGCAGUAUGUGUGUGUGUGUGUGUGUGUGUGUGUUAAAAGCAGUAUGGGAUUUUCACGUAGAGCUCUCAGGCCAGUCAGCCAUACUAAUGAGUGUGUGUUGUUGUCAGACAGUAGACCAGUCAUGAUUGGCCUACCACAGAGGCACAUUAACCCUAGGAUGCAUAGUAAACAUGAUGCCCAAAGAAUGCAUAUGCCAGGUCAAAAUGACCCGAUAAUGUCAUAUCUGUGUUUUAUUUAUAUGGGUCUAAAAUAUUAUCCAUUUUGUGGAACAUAAUUAUUUUGAGUGAUGAUUUGGACCUUUCAAUAAUGAUUUUAUUGUUUGAAAUGUUUUUAGUCGCUCUUCAACAGUUUGGUUAAUGGCUAUUGAAAAUAUUAGCACAUUUUUAUUACAAUCAAUCUUACAAUCAAAGUUUCACAUUCAACCUUUUAGUGUGAAGAACAAAUAAAACACCUUAAGCAUAUUUUAUAAUAUUUCAAAACAUUUAUUUGAAAAUCUAAAGUUCAUCGUCAAUAACCGAAAGGUCGCUGGUUCUAAUCCCCGAGCCGACUAGGUGAAAAAUCUGUCGAUGUGCCCUUGAGCAAGGCACUUAACCCUAAUUGCUCAUGUAAGUCGCUCUGGAUAAGAGCGUCUGCUAAAAAAAAUAUAUAUAUAAACGACAACACUAACAAUUUUGAAUUUAGACUUAUGCUGUCUUAGUCCAUGCAUUUGUUACAAACCAAAAGCAUGUGACUGUGCUCUUUGCAGACGGGUGUGUUGCACUGAGAACACCAGCAGCUGACUAUUCUAUCCUUAGUGCUUGGGCAGAGCUGGCACCUCUUCCUCUUCUGGUCCUGGCUGCUCUGAGUGGUGGUGGCAUGGGUCUCUUUCAUCACCCAACAUCUUUACAUUGCCUCAGUUCUUCUGUGGAGAUGGGAGAACCUUCCAGAAGGACAACCAUCUCUGCAGCACUCCAACAAUCAAGCCUUUAUGGUAGAGUGGCCAGAUAGAAGCCACUCCUCAGUAAAAGGCACAUGACAGCCCGCUUGGAGUUUGCCAAAAGGCACCUAAAGGACUCUCAGACCAUGAGAAACAAUAUUAUCUGGUCUGAUGAAACCAAGAUUGAACUCUUUGGCCCGAAUGCCAAGCGUCACGUCUGGAGGAAACCUGCUCAUCCACUGUGACGCAAUCGCUGGGGAUGAACCUUUCUCUACAGUUUGCUAGGAAAAGGUCCCACACAUACUGGAAGGCUGCCAGGUGGUCCGUUGCCUCUCUGAACACUCUGGUCCUCUUGUCAUCAUGCCUCAGGUAGCGACGGAUAUCCUCAUAUCUUCCGACCGACAUGGUGGCCUAAUACAUUGGCUCCCGUGUGGAAACAUACCAGCUUUUCUCCACGCCGGUGAGGAGGGUUAAAGCAAUAAAGAGCUUUAGUUCCUCUUUGUUGACCUCUCUCCACUCUUUCCCUUUUGCUGUCGCUGUUCUCCGUCCUUCUAAAUUUGUACACUUUAGGACCUCCUCAAUGAUAUUGUCGCUAAUGAACAGCUCCCAGACAUCUUUUGGUGGCAAAACUGUUGACCCCGGCACAGGCCCUGGGCAACUCCUCAGGAUGUUAUGGCUUCUGGUCCUGCCUUUAGUGGGGGGGGGGUUCACUCUCCUCAGAGGAGGAGUCUUCCCAAUCUGCAGAAUCAUGUAGGACAGCUGGACUACCAGGUGCAUCCACAACUCCAACUUGACCCACAGGCAUCUGAAUUGGAUACCUCAGAUUCUGAGUCAGAGGCACAAAUGGCUUCCUCAUCCAGCAUCUAUAAAACCCUUUUUGUUGAAUAUCUGGCAACAUUCUUAUGAGCCUCCUCAUGAAAACGGUGAUUAAUUAAUAUUAAAAACAAGAUAUUUAAUAAAUACUUUAUUAAUUACAUUGAUUUUAAUGUUGUAGCAAAAAGAAAGAUCAGUUUGACGAGUGCAAUGCAGUGAAUUCCACAUUAAAUACAUAUGGGUCAUAUUUGACCCACAUAUGAAAACUUGGGGUAGUGAUGCAAAAACUAUUUAUACAUAAAAAAUAAGAAAUUAAACAACAAAACUAGGAUGUUGGAACAUUAAAGACACACUAUUUAAGGAAUUCCUGGAAUAUUAGAUGAUGACAUUUUUGGGGGGGAUCAAUACUGCAAAACAAAUAUUAAUCAUUUUGACCCGGUUAUUAAACCUAGUAUGAUACUGGGGCGGCAGGUAUCCUAGCGGUUAAGAGAGUUGGGCUAUUAACUGAAAGGUCGCUGGUUCAAAUCCCAGAGCCGACUGGGUAAAAAAAUCUGUUGAUGAACAAGACACAACCUUAAUUGCUCGGGAAGUCUGGUAAAAAUGUACUGUCAUCUUCACAGUAGCUUCAGUCAUUUUGGCCUGAGAGUGCUUUUCAACAAGCUCUCACAAAGUACGCCAAAAUAGUGGAUAAUAAGCAAAGUGUUUAUUCAGUAGUGCAAAACUAGGACUUGGAAACCGUAUCGGAUAUCACAUGUUUAGGUAGAACCUGAGAUGCUGUGUAUCUAUCAGAGGAGGCUGGUGGGAGGAGCUAUAGGAGGACAGGCUCAUUGUAAUGGCUGGAAUGGAAUCAAUGGAACGGUAUCAAACACAUCAAACAUAUGGAAACUCUGUUCCAUUAAUUCCAUUCCAGCCAUUAAAAUGAACCCGUCCUCCUAUAGCUCAUCCCAGCAGCCUCCACUGGUAUCUAUAUCCUCAUACAAUUACUUGCAUAUACAGUAUAUCAAGUAUUUGCCUUGGGGCUGCUACAGAAAUCUACUGACAGACAAGAACUGUGUUUCUCUUUACAUUAUCAAGCAGUUUCAUCCAGUCACAGACUCUUAAGCUACAGUCAUGUACUCAAUGUAUUACAGAAAAAAAAGGCAAACUGGUAUCUUAUGUUCAAAAAUAUAUUCAGCCUUUCUCAGAGGAAAAUGAACAUUUAAGAACAGACCUUUCUUUGUUAUUGAAAGUCAGCACUACAUUUGAGCGUUAAAACCUUGUGCUUUGGUACAACAGCUCUAUGUGCUUUGGAAACACAACGAUUUGGAAAGCAUGUGUAAGCCUCUGUAAUGAUAGUGUAGUCCUUCAUGUGAAAGUGAUUCCAGGCCCCAACCAGCCCCAGCCGUGUUCACUAAACUAGGUUAGAGCAUGGGGAGACGUGGAGUGGCACCACUAUUGGCCUAUUUUCACAGGUUGCAACAAAUCCUGGAGGCAGCAAGCACUAACAAUACCACACAAUACCACACAAUACCACACAAUACCACACAAUGUCAGACCAGGCCUCUGUCUCAAUUCUGGAUGGCUACUGGAUGUUAUUAUAUUAUAGCAUGGACCAUAGAAUUAGAAUGACUAGAAUGGACUUUCUAAUUCAAAGUAAUUAUAUUUCUAUGGCAUGUACAGUGUCUCUCUCUGUGCUACUCAAAUGGCCUGGACCAGAGCUAUACACUAUGUAUUUGGCUUGGACCUGUAAGUAUCAACAGUAUGUCAAUAUUUACACCUCUACUGUAUUUAUACAGUAUAAGGAGAUUUUGUCGGCUCAUAAUAGUAAUCCACAAACCACCACAUAAAUCUAUCCUACGUUACCAUUCUAAUCAGGGAUUUAAGUUACUCACUUUACUUACGUGUGAGUGUGUUGUGGGAUUAACUCCCGUAGCGUAGCGUAAUGUAGCAUAAUGUAGCGUAGCGUAGUGUAGCGUAAUGUAACGUAAUGUAGCCUAGCAUAGCGUAGCGUAAACCUAUAAAUAUAGGAUGUGAGUGCUCACAUGUUAAUGCUGUAAGGGUGAUGCUAACACACUGGUUAUGUAAGUUAGUUUAUGUGCGGCACAGAGCACUAGACACACACACACAGACACACACACACACACACACACACAAGAGAGAAUAUCCUCAGGAUAGAGUGAACAGAAAGUUUGGUUUCAAAAGUACAGUCCAGUUACCGACACAGCACUGCAGGGUUGGGGUCAAUUCCAUUUCAAAUCCAGUGUACUUCCUGAACUGACUAGAAAUUGAAAUGGAAUCUGACCCUGCAGCCCAGCUCGGUGCAUUGUUACUUUUCCUCAUCCAGAACUGCCCCUGUGUCUCUCAGGUCUGGCUAAAGCAGGUUGGAUAGUAAUACUGUUUUGUCUGGCUACAGCAGGUUGGAUUGUAAUACUGUUUUGUCUGGCUACAGCAGGUUGGAUUGUAAUACUGUUUAGUCUGGCUACAGCAGGUUGGAUUGUAAUACUGUUUUGUCUCGCUACAGCAGGUUGGAUUGUAAUACUGUUUUGUCUGGCUACAGCAGGUUGGAUAGUAAUACUGUUUAGUCUGGCUACAGCAGGUUGGAUUGUAAUACUGUUUUGUCUGGCUACAGCAGGUUGGAUUGUAAUACUGUUUAGUCUGGCUACAGCAGGUUGGAUAGUAAUACUGUUUUGUCUGGCUACAGCAGGUUGGAUUGUAAUACUGUUUAGUCUGGCUACAGCAGGUUGGAUUGUAAUACUGUUUAGUCUGGCUACAGCAGGUUGGAUUGUAAUACUGUUUUGUCUCGCUACAGCAGGUUGGAUUGUAAUACUGUUUUGUCUCGCUACAGAGCUGAACUAUUGUGUCUAUCUCUCCCUUAAUAUUCAUUUGUGAACAAAGCAAGAUUUGGCAUACUGGGACCCGAGUAUGUGUGUGUGUUAACCCCUGUGUGUGUGUGUGUGUGUGUGUGUUAACCCCUGUGUGUGUGUGUGUGUGUGUUAACCCCCGUGUGUGUGUGUGUGUGUGUGUGUGUGUUAACCCCUGUGUGUGUGUGUGUGUGUGUGUGUGUGUGUGUGUGUUAACCCCUGUGUGUGUGUGUGUGUGUGUUAACCCCUGUGUGUGUGUGUGUGUGUGUGUGUGUGUUAUCUCCUGUGUGUGUGUGUUAACCCCUGUGUGUGUGUGUGUGUUAACCCCUGUGUGUCUGUGUAUUCCAGACUCUGAUCGAGGAGCAGCACAGCCAGUUGAACCAGUAUGAGUGUGCAGCAGGUCAGUGUAUCAGUGAGCUGCAGAAGGCCCAGCUCCAGGUCCAGUCCCUCCAGACCAAGAUCCAGGAGAGUGAGGCCAACAACACGGUACAGCUACAGAGACAUUACACAUCUAUACAACACACACACACACACACACACACACAAGCAUUCAUCCCUCUCCCCUCUCCCCCUCUCCCCUCUCCCCUCUCCCCCUCUCCCCUCUCCCCUCUCCCCUCUCCCCUCCCGAACCUCCCUCCCUCUCCUCCCUCUCCUCUCCUCUCCCUCUCCCCUCCCCCCCCACCCCGUCUCUCUCCCCCACUCCCCCUCCCUCUCCCCUCCUCCUCCCCCCCACUCCCCCUCCCUCUCCCCUCUCCCCUCCCUCUCCCCCCUCCCCCUCCUCCCCCCCUCCUCCUCCCCAUCCCUCUCCCCCUCCCUCUCCCUCUCCCCUCCCUCUCCCCUCCCUCUCCCUCUCCCCUCCCUCUCCCCCUCUCCCCUUCUCCAGAAGCUGCAGGAGAAGCUCAGUGAGAUGGAGUGUGAUCUGCGUUCCAUCCGCCAGGCAGCUCACAACCAGGAACGCACCAUCCAGGGCCUGACCGACUCUGUCAGCACCAAGGACAACGAGGUGUGUGUGUGGUCUACAAUGAAUUUACAUCGCCGCCCCAGAACCAUUUGAGACGGCCUAGUGACUAAAAUAAUAAUAAUAUAUGCCAUUUAGAAGACACUUUUAUCCAAAGCGCCUCACAGUUGGCGUGCAUACAUUUUACGUACGGGUGGUCCCGGGAAUUGAACACACAAUCCUGGGAUUACAGUGCCAUGCUCUACCAACUGAGCUACAGAGAACAACCACUACCUCAGUAGUGACUUACAUUUCUCCUCAGACCCAGGAGCUGUACCAGUUCAUUGAGGGGCAGAACACCAUGCUGUGUAAGCUGAGAGAGAUGGCCAACCACAACCAGAUCACUCACACUCAGGUGAGACCUCACACACCCCAGACAGGUCCAGACAAGCACUCAGCAGGAUACCGGUUAAUGAAGAGCCAUAAUAACCCAACUGUUGAUAGAUAGAUGGAGACAGACGCCCUUCCUCCCCAUGGCCAGACUAACCUUAGUGGUUCUUGUUUGUUUGGUCUGCUCUCCCAGGCUCCAGAGGGGGGCAGUGAAGGUGCGGGUCUAGCCCAGCUGCAGGGUGAGUUGGUGGGGGUACAGAGCUCUCUGUUUACCCUGGGUCUGGAGCUGGAAGCCAGUCAGAGAGCCCAGAGACAGAGCCAGAGACAGGCUGAGGACCUGACCAGAGCUAAAGACAGACUCCACUCUGACCUAAAGGAGGCACUGCAGCACAGGGAGGUCACCGACAAACACAACCAGGUCAGUGUGUGUGUGUGUGCGUGCGUCCGUCCGUGCGUGCGUGUGUGUGUGCGUGUGUCUGGACCCCUGUCAUGUAGGUGGUGUGUGUAACCUGUCCUCUGUCCCACCGUAGGACUUGCUCAGUGCCCUGGCUCAGUCCCGCUCUGCGCUGCAGGCUAAAGAGGCUCAGCUGAAGGAGAGCGAGGCAGAGAAACACAUGGAGGUUCAGGAGAGAGACAAGAACAUCACACAGCUCAAACUCUCCCUACAGGACAAGGAGAGACAGCUACAGGUGAGAGACACACACACACACACACACACACACACAAACAGAAAUAAACACAUACACACUAACCCUAUCUCUCUGUGUGUGUGUGUGUAGGAGUACUCUGAGCUCCUGGAAUCAGUAGACAGCUCCAAACCCAGAGAUACUCUGAUGGACAAACUGAGAGAACGCAUCAGGGACAGGGACAGAGCACUGGAGGUAGGACCACACACACACACUGGACGGAUGGACAAUAAUAAUGAUAAUAGUAAUAAUAAUAUGAAUAUUAAUAAUAAUAAUAAUAAUGUUCUUUCUCAUGUCCAGCGGUCUAUAGAUGAGAAGUUCCGUUGUCUGGAGGAAAGGGAGGAGCAGGUGAGGAGACUACAGCUGGCCCUGCGAGAGAAAGAACGAGACCUGGAGAGACUCCGCUGCAUACUGCUCAACAACCAGGAGACCAUCACGGUACACACACACAUUUACACACGCACACACACACACACACACACACACACACUAGAGAAAGAUACCUUGAGCAACAACGAGAAUACACACACUCUCACACAGACAAGUACAUCUACAGUUUAUACAGUACAUUGAUAUGUUUAGACUGUGUCAUACAGGACAUUGAUAUGUUUAGACUGUGUGUCAUACAGGACAUUGAUAUGUUUAGACUGUGUCAUACAGGACAUUGAUAUGUUUAGACUGUGUCAUACAGGACAUUGAUAUGUUUAGACUGUGUGUCAUACAGGACAUUGAUAUGUUUAGACUGUGUCAUACAGGACAUUGAUAUGUUUAGACUGUGUCAUACAGGACAUUGAUAUGUUUAGACUGUGUGUCAUACAGGACAUUGAUAUGUUUAGAUUGUGUCAUACAGGACAUUGAUAUGUUUAGACUGUGUCAUACAGGACAUUGAUAUGUUUAGACUGUGUGUCAUACAGGACAUUGAUAUGUUUAGACUGUGUGUCAUACAGGACAUUGAUAUGUUUAGACUGUGUCAUACAGGACAUUGAUAUGUUUAGACUGUGUGUCAUACAGGACAUUGAUAUGUUUAGACUGUUUGUCAUACAGGACAUUGAUAUGUUUAGACUGUGUGUCAUACAGGACAUUGAUAUGUUUAGACUGUGUGUUUGUAUAGAGUCUGGAUGCGUUGGUGCGUGGUAAGGAACUGGAUGUGGAGCAGGCAGCAGAAGCUCAUAGGAACCUGCAGUGGCUCCAGCAGCAGAGCGAGGAGAGAGAGAAGAACACUCUGAGAGAGAGAGACACGCUCAUCAGCCAGCUACAGUCUGCCCUACAGACACGCAGCCGGGAGACACAGGUAAGCACACACACACACACAGGUCAGAAGGUCCACACUAGUGAGGACUGGCUAUAGCACCAGUUUGCAUUCUGUUUGCUCUUGUAACCAAAGGACAACCACUCUGCUAGUUUCUGCCCAUUGUUGAAGCUUUUUAUUGUUGGCUGAAAUAAGUGACUUUCAAUGCUAGUCCAACAAGAAAAUCCUGCUCUUAUUUCUGACCCUUACAAAUACAACAGGUGUACUGACAGUGUGUGUGUGUGUGUGUGUGUGUGUGUGUGUGUGUGUGUGUGUGUCUGUGUGUGUGUGUGUGUGUGUGUGUGUGUGUAUGUGUGUGUGUCUGUGUGUGUGUGUGUGUGUGUGUCUGUGUCUGUGUGUGUGUGUGUGUGUGUGUGUGUGUGUGUGUGUGUGUGUGUGUGUGUGUAGGACCUCACGGCAGCCCUGCUGGCUAAGGUGCAGGCAGGCCCCAGUGAGGUGGUGGAGGAGCUGAAGGCUCGCCUCGCACUGAAGGAGAAACUGUUCCAGGAACUGCUGUCAGACCGCAGCCGCCAGAGCCACGAACACCAAGCACAGGUCCAGGACCUGCUCAGCACCAUCAGCACCAAGGACCAGUACAUACAGGUACCACACACACACACACACCACUGAUCUAGGACCUGUCUCUGAGAAUCAGCUCAUGUCAGCUUUCCAGUGUACCUGGCCCGACAGCAGUGAUAAGGGGAUGGACAUCCAAUAGUAUAUUAUGGAAAUUGGAUUUUAUACCGUAGAAUGGACAUGUAAAGUGAUAGUCGAUUUCAGAUUGUCUUUUCUUUUCUCCAACUCUCUCUGUCCCCUCCCCUUCCCUCUCCCUCUACUUCCCUCCCGCCUCCUCUCAGGACUGCUCUGAUAGGCUCUCCCAGGUGAUUGGCGAACGGACGGGCCAGCUGCAGGAGCUGCGCAGGCAGCUGUCGUCACGGGAACAGGAGAUGGGCGAGCUGCAGAGGGAGAGAGAGAGGGAGAGAGUGGGAGAGGCAGAGCGACUGCAGAACCUACUAAAAGAGAAAGAGGCUUUUAUCCAGGUGAAUUCUCUCUCUCUCUCUCUCUCUCUCUCUCUCUCUCUCUCUCUCUCUCUCCUCUCCAUCGUCUCCUCUCUCUCCUCCUCUCUCUCUCUCUCUCCUCUCUCUCUCUCUCUCCUCUCUCUCUCUCUCUCUCUCUCUCUCUCUCUCUCUCUCUCUCUCUCUCUCUCUCUGUGUCAGUCUGUUGUGCAAUUGUACAUUUCCACACUAGCUUAUACUAAUCUUAGACUAGACUCGCACAAGCACACAUACAUACCAUACCAUAAAAAACCUUCACCAGAGAGUCAAGUAGUGAAACUGUCAUCAUAACAUAACACUGUCCUCCCUAUACAGAGUCUGAUGCAGGGCCAGGAGGAGAGCAUGGAGCCCUCCACACCAGAGGGGGCAGCAGAUGUACAGGCCUUCCAGGAAGAGCUGCAACUGAUCAGGAAGAAAGAGAGGGAGGCUCAGCUGGAGCUCUCAGCCCUGCGCUCAGCUCUCACCCAGGCCCAGCAGCAGGCCCAAAAGCAGGGGGAUAGAUUUAAGAUCCUGGCUCCAGGAAUCCCAGUCAGGGACCAGCCCUCCAGCACUGACCACCAGGUAUCCCUCUCUGCCAAAAUGAUUUAUUGCCUACAACAUUGUCCUUGUUAAGGUCUGGUGCCUAGCCUACUGAGUGGAGUGUGUGUUAAUGAUCUCUCUCUCUCUCUCUCCUCCCUCCUCUAUCCUAUCGAUAUCUAUAUCUCUACUCUCUGCUCUCGCUCUCUCUCGCUAUCUCUCGAUCUCUACAUAUCUACUCUCUAUCUAGUCUAUCCGCUCUCUCUUCCUCUGUCUCUGCACGGUCGUGCCAGUUGGCUCACUGAGUCCUCCCCUGAACUGCUCUGAGGCAGGAAGUCCUUACCAGAGUCUGAGCCACAUCCGCUAGGACAGGUAGAAGAUCCAUACGGCCUUACUGGCGGCUAAGAUAACAACCUGGUCCUAACAAUACAACCCUGGACCUAACAUACACCUGGGUACCUAACAUACAACGGGGCCAACAAUACACACCUGGGGUACCUAACAAUCCACACCUGGUACUAACUACAAGAACCACCUGGGUACUAACAAUACACACACCUGGGUACCUAACAAACAACACUGGGCACCUACAAUACACACACCUGGGUACCUAAAAACCACACCUGACUAACAAUAACACACCUGGGGUACCUAACAAUCACACACCCUGGAUACAUAACACACACUGGUACCUAACAAUACAACACCUGGGACUAACAAUACACACACCUGGGACCUAACAAUACACACACCUGGGUACCUAACAAUACACACCCACCUUGGCCACCUAACAAUACCACACACCGGGGAGCCUAACAAUACACACACCUGGGUACCUAACAAAUACACACACCCUGGACUACAAUACCACACCUGGGUACCUAACAAUACACACCACCUGGGAGCCUAACAAUACAACACACCUGGGUACCCGACAAUACACACACCUGGGCCUAACAAUACACACACCUGGGUACCUAACAAUACACACACCUGGGUACCUAACAAUACACACACCUGGGUACCUAACAAUACACACACCUGGGUACCUAACAAUACACACACCUGGGUACCUAACAAUACACACACCUGGGUACCUAACAAUACACACACCUGGGUACCUAACAAUACACACACCUGGGAGCCUAAGAAUACACACAUUUGUUGACAGGCAGGUACAGUGGAAACUUCAGUGUCGGUACACAUUGCUAUAUACAGUUGUAGGCCAGGUAAAACUGUUAAAACCAUGCAAUCAGUUUUGAGGACAUUUGUGUGUUGUGUCAUUGCCCCUCUCCCAGCAGCUCAGAGAAGACCCAGGCCCUGCUCACAGAACUGGACUCUGUUCAGGCACUGCGAGGGCAGCUGGAGGAGGUCCUAACCAGGACCCGGAAGACCGCCCUGGCACUAGAGAGGGCAGCUAAGAGGCAGUCUGAUUUUGGAGGUGGGGACGGGCCGGGACCGGGCUCCAGGGCUACAGGGGGCACAGUUACUAACUCUCUGGGAUAUUCUGUCUAGCCACUUCACCAAUGAGUCAGACAAAUGCACUGCAGGUAGAAGUUGCCCUUAGGUGCAGAUCUAGGAUCAGUUUACAUUCACCUAAAUCCUAACCUUAACCAUUAGAGGGAAAAACUCGAUACUGACCUAAGAUCAGUCACUAUGGGCAACUUCGUUCCUCUUUGGAUGACACAGACAUCACACAAUAACCAAUGCCUGUUCUAACCAACAACAUGUUUUUGGGGUGGUUUUAGUUACAUUAUGAUGUGGCAACGUGCAACUCAGAUUUCUAUUAUUUAUUAUUAAUAUAUUCAGUGUGUUUUGGAUUGUUGUUUUUUAUAUUGUUUUUGCAAACUGCCUGCGUAUUGCUUUGAAGUGUAACUGUUCUGUAACGCCAUUUGUGUCUCUCUGUGUCGACGUUUCCAGCCUUAUCGUCACGGUGAUGUGAUGUGGUGUGUAGAUAGCCCAGCUCAUGCUUUACAGUGAAACGUCUUCAAGUUGUCUAUCUUAUUAUUUUAUACCAUCUUUGUGUAUAUAAUAUAUGCAGGCCCAAGAGUUACUUCAGCUGAAAUCAAGAUGAUGGCCAAGUAGUUAGUUUCCCUCUUAUGAUUCCAAUGACCUCCGAUCUGGUUCCAUUCCAUUGGUUUUAAAGUGCCUAUAAUUUGGUCGCAGAUAUUCUUAGUCUCAAAAACGAUGCAUGAACAACUAGAUUAGUAGUCAUUAGUGUUUGCUUAUCAAAGUAAAUUAAGUAAGAUUCCUUAUCGUAGUUAUUUGUUGUUGCAAAAUUAAAACCUUGCGCUUAUCAAUCUUAGAUACACCACAACCCAAGUGUCUUAGAUAGCAGGCCUAUUUGUUACAUUUAUUGAUAGACUUUGUAAUGAUCACAUAAAAGGUGAUAAAAACAUGAUGAUACCUAGUAUCAUCCGAGAUUCGAUUGGUCGGGAUUGAUUCGGUUUUAAGGAUUUUUUUAUUCGAUUUUAGUCAUUUAGCAGACGCUCUUAUCCAGAGCGACUUACAGUUAGUGAGUGCAUACAUUUUCAUACUGCCCCCCCCCGUGGGAAACGAACCCACAACCCUGGCGUUGCAAGCGCCAUGCUCUACCAACUGAGCUACAUUUAGAUUUGGUGAUGAAACAAACAUUUUUUUUGUACUUCGAAAUGGAAAGUAAAAAAAAAAUAUUUACUGUUUUUUUCUUUCCUUUGAAUUGGGGACUGGAUUCCUUCUCAAUUGUUCACCUCCUUAUUCAACACAACAAACCCUCCCUUCUCCCCCGACUACUAGAGAACAGAUGAGGGGUGUUCUGUCUAUCCCUGAGGUGAAAGAGAAAGUGAUGAUCAUGUGCUUUUCUCAUCCCUGUCUGAACAGUCACCUUUCCACACUGUGUUCAAAACAACACGCUCUUAAAGGCCCAGUGCAGGCAAAAACGUGAUUUUCCUGUGUUUUACAUAUAUUUCCACAUUAUGAGGUUGGAAUAAUACUGUGAAAUUGUGAAAAUGAUGAUAAUGCCCUUUUAGUGUAAGAGCUGUUUGAAAAGACUGCCUGAAAUGUAUGCCUGUUUUGGUGGGAUGGACUUUAGGCCGGUAAAUUAGUUAAUAAACCAAUAAGAAAGAAUGUUUCAAAUCUUUCUGCCAAUAACAGCUCGUUUUCAGUUUUCCCCUCCCCGCUCAGACCACUCCCAGACAGUCCUAGCUAAAUUCUUGCUUGAGACGUUGCUCUUUGCUAAGAAGCCAUUUUUGUUUAUUUUUGACCACUUUAAUUGAAAACAAUCACAGUAAGGUACUUCAUUGUUACCCAGAAAUGAUUUGAUAUUAAGAUAAAAACAGAUGCAUUGGACCUUAAACCAUUACCACCCACACACACAAACACUUGCGCGCACACACACACACACAUAUUCUAAGAAUAUCUUUAUACGACACAUUUUCUUUCACAGAAGAAAGAGAUAUCUCAUGUUUGAGGGAGCUACACCACCAUCUCUCUGUCUCAACCUAUGACUUCUCUGCCACAUGCAUGACAUUGCGGCAUGCAUUUCCUGUUUGCAUGGCUAUGUUUGAUGUGAUGCGUGAACAGUUAUUGACAACUUAAAUGCAUCAAUCACUUACUAUUGGGCAUAAUGAGAAUAUGAUACGGUACUGAUCUGUGCCUCACACUACGUAUAGAAAUAGCAUGAUAUGAAGAAGAACAUGAAUAUACAGAAGGGUAUAAAACAUGAUUUCUACAUGUCUGGAUCACUGCCUGUGUGUCACCGUCACUACCAGGGGCUCCGGUAAGGUCUGGACACAUGAAGAAGUCCACUAAUAGAAAAGACUAGAGUUCGCACCCUCUUCAUGUAAUAUAAUGGAAUUAAUUACUACACCAUAAAUACAUGAUAGAUUGAUUAUACCAUUUCCAAAGCUCACAGAAAGAUGAUUCUGUUGUACAUCCUUCAGUCAUAUAAACUACUUAAUCAGAUUCCUACAGUUAGACAUUGGAACAGACUGAGCAACAAACAUAAAUACCAGUCUUAAAUGGACACAAUGCUGUUCUGUAGGCUAAACAAACAGAGCCUUGUAGUGAGGGAGUUUGUCUUACAUUUAAGUUGGUCUUAAUUUUCCCAUAGAUAGCCAAUUGUCCCCCAUCACCAUCAUAGCUAUAGGCCCACCCCACCCUAAUACACAGUGCCAAGGCUUAUUUAGUCUUGGACGGUUUAAAACAAUCCUAACCAAGAAUAAUAUCUUCCAUAAGACUCUUCCAUGGACCAUAAACUGAAGAUUUCAUUAUCCUCAUUGUAAUUGAUGACAGAUGCGUGUUGCUAUGCAAAAAAUGCACACAGUACACAUGCCUUGGUACGAUGAAGAGGGUUUCAUAGUAUGAAGCAUUUAUAUGGAAAUAUGAAGCUAUUGGUAUUUCUUUCAGUGAGAUUUAAACACCUGAUUGCUUGACAAAUUGUCUUAGAUCUUUAUGGUUGUUAUUACUGUAUAAUAGCCUUCUACCAAGGUGUUUCUCUCUACUAAACAACUAUAAUGAGGUAGUAUAGUGUUUCUCCCUACUAAACAACUAUAAUGAGGUAGUAUAGUGUUUCUCCCUACUAAACAACUAUAAUGAGGUAGUAUAGUGUUUCUCCCUACUAAACAACUAUAAUGAGGUAGUAUAGUGUUUCUCCCUACUAAACAACUAUAAUGAAGUAGUAUAGUGUUUCUCCCUACUAAACAACUAUAAUGAGGUAGUAUAGUGUUUCUCCCUACUAAACAACUAUAAUGAGGUAGUAUAGUGUUUCUCCCUACUAAACAACUAUAAUGAGGUAGUAUAGUGUUUCUCCCUACUAAACAGUGAGGUGUAUGCCUUCCUGGCUUCUUGCCCAUACAGUAGGAUACAGUGGAUUUUCCUCUCUGUGUGAGGCCUUGCUAUGCAGAUGCAUCCAUCCAUUUACAUUUACAUUUACAUUACAUUUACAUUUACAUUUACAUUUACAUUUACAUUUUAGUCAUUUAGCAGACGCUCUUAUCCAGAGCGACUUACAGGAGCAAUUAGGGUUAAGUGCCUUGCUCAAGGGCACAUUAACGUCAUUUAGCAGACGCUCUUAGCCAGAGCGACUCACAAAUUGGUGCGUUCACCCUAUAGCCAGUGGGAUAACCACUUUACAAUUGGGGGGGGGGGGGGGGGGGGGGGGGUAGAAGGAUUCCUUUAUCCUAUCCCAGGUAUUCCUUAAAGAGGUGGGGUUUCAAAUGUCUCCGGAAGGUGGUGAGUGACUCCGCUGUCCUGGCGUCGUGAGGGAGCUUGUUCCACCAUUGGGGUGCCAGAGCAGCGAACAGUUUUGACUGGGUGUGUGUGUGUGUGUGUGUGUCUGUGUCUGUGUAUGUGUGUGUCAGGCAUACUGUAGCUAUCUGUAGAUAAGAAUGUGAUAAUCUGAGGAUUCCACAGUGCUUUUUGGCAUCUGAUUAGUAAACAAACGGUAUUGCAAUGUGAGUGAAUUGUGUUUGUGCUGUGCAUGCUUCUCUUUCUAUAUGGUGUACUAAAACUGAAAAAAAGGCUGAAAUUCGCCAUUUUGUUUUCAAGUUAAUGUUUUGAUCUCUUCUGGAAUGUCUUCCUGAAGGCUUGCCAUAUGUAGUGAAAUGGACAGGAGACAGAGAGGGGCUGUGCUACACACACAUGCGUGCGGACACACACACAUCACAUGGUUGGGAAAAAGGGCUGGUCUGUCCUGGGCUGGGCUCAACGUGUGUGUGUUUGGCUGUCUACUGGUCACAUAACAUUUCCCUCCUGUCUCAUGACUCCUGCAGGAGUGAUUCAGACCAGAGAGAGAGGGAGAGAGAGGGAGAGGGAGAGAGAGGGGGAGAGAGGGAGAGAGAGAGAGAGAGAGCGAGAGAGAGAGAGAGAGAGAGAGAGAGAGAGACAGAGAGAGAGACAGAGAGAGAGACAGAGAGAGAGAGAGAGAGAGAGAGAGAGAGAGAGAGAGAGAGAGAGAGAGAGAGAGAGAGAGAAGAAAGACAAGGAAGUAUCUGAUCUGAUCGGUUGGCUGUUGUGUUUUCAGAGCUCAGCAUGGAGGAAGAAGAGGAGGGAGAUGAUGAAGAGGGCAGCACUGAUGAGUUCUCGGACAGUAUUGAAGACGAUGAGGAUAAACUGACUGCCAAAAGCCUGGCCUCCACUAAGGUACAGGUGGUUCUUUACCUUUAAAUCUUAAAGGGAUACUAUAUUCUACACCAGUCUUGUGCCUCUCAUCCCCUUAUACAGUCAUUGCUUUCAUUAUAGCUCAUGUUGACAAUAUUCUACAGAUGUAGGAUCUUAAUUUGAGCCAGUUUGCUACAGCAGGAAAAUAAUCCUACAGCAACAGGAAAUGUGAAUUAUUAUGUGGAUUGUGAUUAAUGGACAUUUUUGUAGGGGUUGGAAAAAAUGGGAAAAUCAGGUUUGAAAUGUCAAAGUGGAAAUUACAAACUUCAGAAGUCUUUUUAAACCUCAAAUACACUUCUGCAUUGCAGGAUAGUUAUUCUGCAACAGGGUGAACAAAUUAAGAUCCUACAUCUGUAGCCUGGGUACCAGAUUGUUUCUGUAUUCAACAACGCUGCAUUGUUCCCUUGCCAAAUAAGACCAUAACGAAGCAGUUGGCUUAAGCAGACGCAGACCUGUACCCAGUCUGACAAUGUUGGAGUUGUUUUAAGUAAUCUUUUUCAUGUUAUGUCGUAUUUUUUAAAUAAUGUCACUGUAGUUCUGUUCUUAGGCUUGACCAAUUAUUAUUGACUAAUUACUGACACUCAUUUCCCCCUCUUACUACCUGUCUUCCCUUCUCUCUUUCACCCCUCUGGUUUCUUUUAUUUUGUGUCCAGAACUCUGCGGUGGCCUGUGGGCAGGGGGUGCUGUCUGGAGGAGCACUGUCCCAGGGGGCCGAGGGGCAGCAUCUGGCUGAACAGAAGAGGGCACUAGAAGAAGAAGUGGAGGAGAUGAGAACACAGCUGGAGACCACCGGCUGCUCCUCCCUAGCCCAGAUGAGGUAUGUACCGAUGCAGUACCCACUCACCUACUUAUCUCAGUGUCUCCCUGUGGUACACAUUACAUUGUCUAUACUGUAGCCCUAGCCAAGAUCAUGUACAACAUCUACCUGCAAGAAGCGCAGUCAAAGGCUCACAGUCUGAUUGUCAUUGCAGCAGUUGUUGUUGUGGUGGUGGUUGUUGUUGUGGUUGUUGUUGUGGUGGUUGAGGUGGUGGUGGUGGUUGUUGUUGUGGUUGUUUUUGUGGUGGUGGUGGUAGUUGUGGUUGUGGUGGUUGUUGUGGUUGUGGAUGUGGAUGUUGUGGUUGUGGAUGUGGUUGUGGUUGUUGUGGUUGUGGAUGUGGUUGCUGUGGUUGUGGAUGUGGUUGUUAAUCCUCUGCUGUGUAUUUCUUGCAGGAGAACACUGCAGAGGCUACAACAAGAGAAUGAGGUCCUGAAACAGACCCAACGGGGGUUAGAGGGUCUAGGAACUCUGGAGGAUUCAACAGACAUGUGCCAAGGAUGGGGACAGGAGGAGGAGGAGGAGGAGGAGGAGGAAGAGGAGGAGGUAGAGGAUGAAGAGGAGGAGGUAGAGGAGGAGGAGGAAGAGGAGGAGGAGGAAGAGGCGGAGGUAGAGGAGGAAGAGGAGGAGGAGGAAGAGGAGGAGGAGGAGGAGGAAGAGGAGGGGGCACAACCAGCAGUGGUACCCACCCAGGGAAAGCAUGACCCCCCAGCAGUGAGGAUGAGAGAGGGGAGGGGGAACAGACAGUAUACCAGACCUCACUCCCUAGACCUGGGGACUCUCCUCUACCACCAGCCAAACCAUACAGAGAAGGUACACAUACACUCCUCUACCCUAAACCAGUCUUUGCCGGAAUAGUGUAAACCUCUAGCGGGGGAGUUUAAAGUGUCAUCAGGCGUAGUGCGAAGAGAGAUCUCGAUCAGAGACAGAGAGAAGAGAGAGAGAGCGAUGGAGAAGGCGUAGAGAUCGAGAGAGAAGAGCGAGAGAGAGGCGAGAGACAGAGAGAGAGACCUCAGAUCUCUCGAUUCCAGCUUGAAUCCCCUCUUCUCUUACUCUCUCUCUCUCUCUCUCUCUCUCUCUCUCUCUCUCUCUCUCUCUCUCCUCUUGCUCUCUCCCUCCCUCUCUCUCUCUCUGUCUAUUUAUCUCCCCCUCUCUCCUCAUAUCUCUGUGUUGGUAUAGCUAGAGCAGUCUAUGUAGGGCUGACAGUUUAUAUAAGCAUUAUGACUGCCUCUGGGCAGCUGCUGCUCCUGGGUUUCAGGCCAAAGAGAGCAGAGGAAAGGAGUGUUCUGUGUUGCUGCUGCAAUGGUUUUAGGAAAUGGGACACAGAGUUCUACACACUCAGGCUUCUUCUUUCUGCUCUAUACGUCAAUGCUUUGUUUCCAUAAUGAAAAGAAAGGUGUCCCAUCUCCGUUUGCUGCUUCCGUGAUCUUUAUUUUAGCUAGUGAUAUAACAACAGUUCAACCAUAAUGGUCUUUACUAGUCAUGUAAAAGCGAAUGAGAUUAACUUUAUUUUCCUUGUCUUGUGCCCUAUAGGAGGCUGAGUCUGAUGAUGUCACCGGCGAUGUGGGCGGGUUCUGGCAGCAUGUGGAGGCGGGUCUCCGUGAGCAGGCGGUGCGUCUGCGUUCUGAUUUGGCGCUGAGCAGACAGGAGAGCAGAGAGUUGCAGGAGAGACUCAUGGUGUCUGAGGCCACAGUACAUGCACAGGCUGAACAACUCAAAGACUACAGGGAACUACUCAGUGAGUCAUCUUACAUAUGCUGAAACAUACAUAAAUACACACAUACACACAUACAGAUACACAGAACACACACACACAGAACACACACACACAUACACACACAUACAGAUACACAGAACACACACACACACAGAUACACAGAACACACACACACACAUACAGAUACACAGAACACACACACACACACAGAGAUACACAGAACACACACACACAGAUACACAGAACUCACACACACACACACCAGUGAUGAUGCAAGCUUCUCUCUCACUCUCAGCGGAGACAUCAGUCGAGCAGGACAGUAAGCAGGUCCAGGUGGACCUGCAGGACCUGGGCUAUGAGACGUGUGGUCGUAGUGAGAAUGAGGCAGAGAGAGAGGACGCCAGCAGCCCAGGUAACUUAGCUGGGCCUUUCCCUGUCUCACAUCUUUUCAAUGACAUUUUGUUUGAUUGAGGGGCUUUAUUGGCAUGGGAAACGUAUGUUAACAUUGCCAAAGCAAGUGAAAUAGAUAAUAAACAAAAGUAAAAUAAACAAUAAAAAAUGUAACAGUAAGCAUUACACUCACAAAAGUUCCAAAAUAAUAAAGACAUUACAAAUGUCAUAUUAUGUGCAAAUAGUUAAGGUACAAAAGGGAAGAUAAAUAAACAUAAAUAUGGGUUGUAUUUACAAUGGUGUUUGUUCUUCACUGGUUUCCCUUUUCUUGUGGCAACAGGUCACAAAUAUUGCUGCUGUGAUGGCACACUGUGGUAUUUCAUCCAGUAGAUAUGGGAGUUUAUCAAAAUUGGGUUUGUUUUCUAAUUCUUUGUGGAUCUGUGUAAUCUGAGGGAAAUAUGUGUCUCUAAUAUGGUCAUACAUUUGGCAGGAGGUUAGGAAGUGCAGCUCAGUUUCCACCUCAUUUUGUGGGCAGUGUGCACAUAGCCUGUCUUCUCUUGAGAGCCAGGUCUGCCUACGGCGGCCUUUCUCAAUAGCAAGGCUAUGCUCACUGAGUCUGUACAUAGUCAAAGCUUUCCUUAAGUUUGGGUCAGUCACAGUGGUCAGGUAUUCUGCCACUGUCUACUCUCUGUUUAGGGCCAAAUAGCAUUCUAGUUUGCUCAUUUUUUUUGUAAAUUCUUUCCAAUGUGUCAAGUAAUUCUCUUUUUGUUUUCUCAUGAUUCGGUUGGGUCUAACUGUGUUGUUGUUGUCCUGGGGCUCUGUGGGGUCUAUUUGUGAACAGAGCCCAGGGACUAGCUUGCUUAGGGGACUCUUUUCCAGGUUCAUCUCUCUGUAGGUGAUGGCUUUCUUAUGGAAGGUUUGGGAAUCGCUUCCUUUUAGGUGGUUGUAGAAUUUAACGUCUCUUUUCUGGAUUUUGAUCAUUAGCGGGUAUCGGCCUAAUUCUGCUCUGCAUGCAUCUUAUCUCUCACUCCUAUCUCACUCCUGUUGCCUCCCUCACGUUAUACCUCUCUGAGAGUGUCACCUCUCACUGUUUCUAUUUCACUUGGUCACUUGCGACAUCUACUGUACCUAACAUCUCACCAUACAGUACCUGCAUCACCUCUCAUCCCCACCUCACCUGUCACUUUAGCUUACCUGUGUCCGGUGUGAUGAUCUAUACAGCUUACUAACCUCUUCCUGUAUCUCUCCUCCCCUAGAGUUUGAUGAUCUGGAGAUGUGUACAUCACUGAGCCACCGGCAGGACUACGAGUGUGCUGGGGUUUGGUUCCAUGGCGAUGGGAGUGUGGGCGGAGCUUAUGAUGAAGGGGAGGAGCCAGGGGCAGGAUCCCUACAGCAAUUGGUCCUGGACCUGCGUUCUCAGCUGACCCGCUGCCACAAGGUGAUUCGUGGGUUGCAGCUACGUGUGCGCUCACUAUCCACCACCAGUGACUACGCAUCCAGUCUGGAACGCACCCCACGCAAGGUACGUCUGUGAUGAGGUGAUUUUGAAGGAGUCAGGCGCAGGAGGGUAAAUCACAGAAUAACAGGAUUUAUUCUGAACCACAGAGUUACGCAGUAUUGCGUAAAAACACUCCAGUGCGCAAAACAGGCGCACUGGAAAAUACAAGGCACACAGGGAAUAUUCCCGGCGAUACAGAAUACACAGAGCUCCACCGAUCUUCUCUCUCCUCCACAAUAAACAAUCACACACAAAGACAUUGGGGGCAGAGGGAAUACUUAUACAGGUACUAAUGAGGGGAUAUGAACCAGGUGUGUGUAAUAAACAAGACAAAACAAAUGGAAUGAUGAGAUGAGGAGCGGCAGUGGCUAGAAGGCCGGUGACGACGAACGCCGAAGCCUGCCCGAACAAGGAGAGGAGGCAGCUUCGGAGGAAGUCGUGACAACGUCAUAUACAGUACCAGUCAAAAGUUUGGACACACCUACUCAUUCAAGGGUUUUUCUUUAUUUUUACUAUUAUUCUACAUUGUAGAAUAAUAGUGAAGACAUCAAAACUAUGAAAUAACACAUAUAUAAUCAUGUAGUAACCAAAAAGUGUUAAACAAAUCAAAAUAUAUUUUAUAUGUGAGAUUCUUCAAAUAGCCACCCUUUGCCUUGAUGACAGCUUUGCACACUCUUGACAUUCUCUCAACCAGCUUCAUGAAGUAGUCACCUGGAAUGCAUUUCAAUUAACAGGUGUGCCUUCUUAAAAGUUAAUUUGUGGAAUUUAUUUCCUUCUUAAUGCAUUUGAGCCAAUCAGUUGUGUUGUGACAAGGUAGGGGUGGUAUACAGAAGAUAGCCCUAUUUGGUAAAUGACCAAGUCCAUAUUAUGGCAAGAACAGCUCAAAUAAGCAAAGAGAAACGACAGUCCAUCAUUACUUUAAGAACUUUGAAAGUUUAUUUAAGUGCAGUCGCAAAAACCAUCACGCUCUAUGAUGAAAGUGGCUAUCAUGAGGACCGCCACAGGAAAGGAAGACCCAGAGUUACCUCUGCUGCAGAGGAUAAGUACGUUAGCGUUAAAUGCACCUUAGAUUGCAGCCCAAAUAAAUGCUUCACAGAGUUCAAGUAACAGACACAUCUCAACAUCAACUGUUCAGAGGAGACUGCGUAAAUCAGGCCUUCAUGGUCAUAUUGCUGCAAAGAAACUACUACUAAAGGACGCCAAUAAGAAGAAGAGACUUGCUUGGGCCAAGAAACACGAGCAAUGGACAUUAGAUCGGUGGAAAUCUGUCCUUUGGUCUGAUGAGUCCAAAUUUGAGAUUUUUGGUACCAACCGCUGUGUCUUUGUGAGACGCAGAGUAGGUGAACGGAUGAUCUCCUCAUGUGUGGUUCCCACCUUGAAGCACGGAGGAGGUGUGAUGGUGUGGGGGUGCUUUGCUGGUGACACUGUCUGUAAUUUAUUUAGAAUUCAAGGCACACUUAACCAGCAUGGCUACCACAGCAUUCUGCAGCGAUACGCCAUCCCAUCUGCUUUGCCCUUAGUGGGACUAUCAUUUGUUUUUCAACAGGAUAAUGACCCAAAGCACACCUCCAGGCUUUGUAAGGGCUAUUUGAGGAAGGAGAGUGAUGGAGUGCUGCAUCAGAUGACCUGGCUCCACAAUCACCCGACCUCAACCCAAUUGAGAUGGUUUGGGAUGAGUCGGACUGCAGAGUAAAGGAAAAGCAGCCAACAAGUGCUCAGCAUAUGUGGGAACUCCUUCAAGGCUGUUGGAAAAGCAUUCCUCAUGAAGCUGGUUGAGAGAAUGCCAAGAGUGUGCAAAGAUGUCAUCAAGGCAAAGGGUGGCUACUUUGAAGAAUCUCAAAUAUAAAAUAUAUUUUGAUUUGUUUAACACUUUUUUGGUUACUACAUGAUUCCAUGUGUUAUUUCAUAGUUUUGAUGUAUUCACUAUUAUUCUACAAUGUAGAAAAUAGUAAAAAAUAAAGAACAACCCUUGAAUGAGUAGGUGUGUCCAACUUUUGACUGGUACUGUACAUACAAGGUCUGAUUGAUUGAUUGAUUGAUAGAUAAUUGAUUGAUCAGUUGAUUGAUCAAUAGAUUGACUGAUGACUUUAGUGCUUGUGCGCUUGUUGGAUUAUGUGCUACUAUGAUAUUUUCCCUGACUAUUUACAGUCCUUUCCCUCCUCUCUCCUGUCCAUCAGGUGAACUGGGCGUUUGAGGCCUCCCCGGCCCCCAGCGGUGUAGAGGACGAUGAGGGUUGGAUGUCCGACAGCCUGGGGCCUCGCAUGGAACCCAAGCCCAGCCGGGAGCUGCGAGAGCUGGUGUCCCGAGUGGCCUCACUGGAGGCCCAACUCAAGAGCUCCAGGCUGGAGGGGAAAGGAAGGGUGGUAGAGGAGGGGAAGUGUGCUACCUGGCCCGGGUGAGUGGAGAAAGAGAGGAAAUAAUGAUGAUAAUGACUAUGAUGAUGACUGAUACCUAUGAUAAUGACUAUGAUGAUGACUGAUAACUAUGAUAAUGACUAUGAUGAUGACUGACACCUACGAUAAUGACUAUGAUGAUGACUGAUAACUAUGAUAAUGACUAUGAUGAUGACUGAUAACUAUGAUUACGAUGAUGGUAAUAAUGACUGAUAACAAUGAUAAUGACUAUGGUGAUUACUGAUAACAACGAUAAUAACUAUGGAAAUGACUGAUAACAAUGAAAAUGGCUAUGAUGAUGGCCGAUAACAACGAUAAUGACUGUGAUAAUGACCGACAACAAUGAUAACGACUGUGGUGAUGAGCGAUAACAACGAUAACGACUACGAUAAUGAUUGAUAACAACGAUAAUGGCUAUGGUGAUGAUUGAUAACAAUGACUAUGACGAUGACCGAUAACAAUGAUAAUGAUGAUGCUAAUGACCAAUAACAAUGAUAAUGACUAUGAUGAUGACAGAUACUUAUGAUAAUGACUAUGAUGAUGACUGAUUACAGAGGUAAUGACUAUGACGAUGGCCGAUAACAACAAUAAUGACUAUGACAAUGACUGAUAACAAUGAUAAUGACUAUGACUAUGACUGAUAACAAUGGGAAUGACUAUGACGAUGACUGAUAUGAUGAUAAUGACUAUGAUGAUGACUGACAGCAUUUAUAAUGAAUAUGAUGAUGACUGAUAACUAUGAUAAUGACUACGAUUAUGACUGAUAACAAUGGUAAUGACUAUGAUUAUGACUGAUAACUAUGAUAAUGUCGAUGAUAAAUGACUGAUAACAAUGAUAAUGACUAUGCCAAUGACUGAUGACAAUGGUAAAAUCUAUGGCGAUGAAUGAUAACAACGAUAAUGACUAUGACUGAAAAAAAUGAUAAUGACUACGAUGAUGACCGAUAACAACGAUAAUGACUAUGAUGAUGACCAAUAAAAAUGAUAAUGACUAUGAUGGUGACUGAUAACAAUGAUAAUGGCUAUGAUGAUGACUGACUACUACGAUAAUGACUAUGACAAUGACUGAUAACGGUAAAGACUAUGAUGAUGACCGAUUACCACGAUAAUGACUAUGGCCGAUAACAAUGAUAGCGACGAUGACUGAUAACAACGAUAAUGACUAUGAUGAUGACUGACAGCUACGAUAAUGACUGAUGAUUACUGAUAACAACGGUAAUGACUACGACUAUGACUGAUAACAGUGAUAAUGACUAUGACAAUGACUGAUAACAAUGAUAAUUACUAUGACUGAUAACAAUGGUAAUGACUAUGACGAUGACUGAUAACAAUGAUAAUGGCUAUGAAUGACUGAUAACAAUGAUGACCACGAUGAUGACUGACAGAAAAGAUAAUGACUAUUAUGAUGACCGAUAACUAUGAUAAUGACUACGAUGAUGACCGAUAAUGAUAAUGGCGAUGAUAAUAAUGACUGAUAACUACGAUAAUGACUAUGCCAAUGACUGAUGACAAUGUUAAUGCUAUGGCGAUGACUGACAACAACGAUAAUGACUAUUACUGAAAACAAUGAUAAUGACUACGAUGAUGACUGAUAACAAUGAUAAUGACUAUGAUGUUGAUUGACAACAAUGAUAAUGCUGAUACGUAAAAAUUUAUGCACACAUGACUGUAAGUCACUUUGGACAAAAGCGUCUGCUAAAUGGCAUAUUAUUAUAUUAUUAUUAUGAUAAUAAUGGCUGAUAACAAUGAUAAUGACUAUGCCGAUGGCUGAUAACAUCGGUAAUGACUAUGACUGACAACAACGAUAAUGACUAUGCCGAUGACCAACAACAACGAUAAAGACUAUGACUGAUAACAACGAUAAUGACUAUGAUGAUGACUGGCUAUUACGAUAAUAAUUACGAUGAUGACCGAUAACAAUGGUAAUGACUAUGACGGUGACUGACUACUAUGAUAAUGGAUAUGACGAUGACCGACAACAACGAUAAUGACUACAACGAUGACUGACAACAACGAUAAUGACUACAACUAUGACUGAUUACUACGAUAAUGACUAUGACGAUGACCGACAACAACGGUAAUGACUACGAUGAUGACCGAUUACUAUGAUAAUGACUAUGACUGAAAACAAUGAUAAUGACUACGACAAUGACCGAUUACUAUGAUAAUGACUAUGACAAUGACUGAUAACAACGGUAAUAACUAUGACGAUGACUGAUAACAACAAUAAUAACUAUGCAAUGGCUGAUAACAACGAUAAUGACUAUGACAAUGACUGACAGCAAUGAUAAUGACAACGACUGUCAACAAGGAUAAUGACUGUGACGAUGACUGUCAACAACGAUAAUGACUACGAAGAUGACUGAUAACAACGAUAAUGACUGACGAUGUCUGAUAACAACGGUAAUGACUAUGACGAUGACCGAUAACGAUGAUAAUGACAAUGACCGUUAACAACAAUACUGACUAUGAUGACGACUGGUUACUACGAUAAUGACCAUGACGAUGACUGAUAACAACGAUAAUGACUACGCCGAUGACCGAUAACAACGAUAAUGACUAUGACCGAUCACAACGAUAAUGACUAUGGCGACGACUGAUUACUACGAUAAUGACUAUGGCAAUGACAGAUAACAACGGUAAUGACUAUGACUGAUAACAACGAUAAUGACUAUGGCAAUGACUGACAACAACGAUAAUGACUAUGACAAUGACUGAUAACAACGAUAAUGACUAUGACGAUGACCGAUAACAACUAUAAUGCUGAUGAUGAAGAUGGUGUUCUUGGUCUUUCACGUCCUGACCCCUCCCCUUCCUCCAUCUCUGCACAGGAAGUACAACACCCUGAUCCAGGCUCAGGCCAGGGAGCUGUCCCACCUGCGUCAGAGGAUGAGGGAGGGCCGUGGUGUCUGUCACAUACUCACACAGCACCUGGGAGACACCACCAAGGUGUGACACUCUGACGAUCUCUCCAAAGAUUAGGACAUUAUCCACCACUUUUUGACAGUGAUUGAAUCAAAUGUAUUUUAUUGAUUUAAAUUAUGUUUUAUUGAACUAUCAGCUGAAUGUAAUUGAUUGGCCAGGGCUUUGAGGAGCUGCUGCGUGCCAACGACAUCGACUACUACAUGGGACAGAGCUUCAGAGAGCAGCUGGCACAGAGCAUUGCCCUGGCACAACGAAUGGGCACCAAGAUCAGUGGACGUGAGUGUGGAGAACACACACACAAACGUACGCACAGACAGACACACACAUGCACAUGCACACACAGACAGACACACACACAUUCCCUGAUCUUCUGUCCUUCUAUCUCACUCUCUCUCCUCCCUUUACUCUCCAUUACCCCUCCUUUUCUCUCCUCAGGUGACCGUGCUGAGCUCCAUGACGAUAAGAUGGGCCAUGAGCUGCUUGCUUUACGGUGGGGUUUAUGUCCUAAUGAUGUGUAACCAUCUGAAAAAAGGUUUUCCCUUGUGUGUGUUUUGGUUUUAGUAUCCUUGUGGGACCCAUAAGUCCACGGGAACAGAUAGUAAAACAAGGAAAAGUGGGGCCAUUUUCCCCACAAGGACAAAAGGCUAUUUUAGGCUUAGGGGUUAGGUUUAGGGUUAUGUUUAGAAUUAGGGUUAGGGGUUAGGAGUUAUGGUUAGGUCUAGGAUUUGGGGCUAAGGUUAGGGUUAGGGUUAAGGUUAGGGUUAGGGAUGAAACACACCAAGAAUCUCACUGCCGAUAGCCUGCCGAUUGGAACUUAUCACAGUGGGAGGCCUGUGAACAAAAGUGUGCUAAAACAAAAGUGGUACCUGCUGCGUGCUGAACCGGUAGCAACGAACCUACCGAUUCUACUUGUAGAAUCGCAAUACUCGUCAGUGGCCAACAACUUGAACUUGAGCCACUCAGAGAGCACGACCCCCACAUGGGGGAGCCAACAAAAAAAAUAUGAAAAAGAGGGCAUUUUCUCUGUACAUCCACAGAUGAGCCAGUCACACUUCAUAUGCAAUGUAGGCUAUGGGAUGGUUGCUAGCUAAGUGCACAGAUGCAAUGCACACAACAAUAAAUACUUCCUCCAAGCUAGCUAAUCACUGUAGCUAGUAUUGACAUUAAAAUGAAAUCACAAUGGAUUAGCUAGUUGAAACAGCUACCUGUGUUAGCUGCCAGGUUAGUGCAGUGUCCUUAGCUAGUUAGCUAGCUAUGUUGUGCUAGCUAGCGAAUAUGUCAACGUUAGCUAGCUAAACAUUGGACUGGCACUAGCAGUAUGGGAUUAUGGAGAGUGAAUUAAAUUGUUUCUUCGUCAUCUUACUAGGUAGUUAUCUAGCUGUGGCCAUCUGGUUAGUAUCAACAAGGGCUUUCUACAAAAUAGCAACAUUAGCACAGAUAGCUUGGAAUCUAGACCAUAAGCAAUACUCACGGAUAUGCAUUGCCAAACAAUGCUACUGCCACCUUCUGGUUGAGUGGCAGACGACUUCCAAGGUCUUUGCUGUGUGAACACAAAAGAGAUUGACUGCCGACACUGUUCAGAGGUGCUAAGUACUGUCGGCAGGCAAACGUUUGACAAUACUACCGGUGUGUCUGAGAUUUUAAAGGUUAGGUUUUGCAUUAGGGGUUAGAGAAAAUAGGAUUUUGAGUGGGAAUCAAUUGUUUGGUCCCCACAAGGAUAGUAAAACAAACGUGUGUGUGUGUUUGUUUGUGUGUGUAUUAGGUGACCUACAGUGCACUCUCUCCUGUUGUGCCUCUGCCAGGGGUAGAGGUCAUUAGUCAGAGCCUCUGCCAGGGGUAGAGGUCAACAGUCAGAGCCUCUGGCAGGGGUAGAGGUCAUUAGUCAGAGCCUAUGGCAGGGGUAGAGGUCAACAGUCAGAGCCUAUGGCAGGGGUAGAGGUCAACAGUCAGAGCCUCUGGCAGGGGUAGAGGUCAACAGUCAGAGCCUAUGGCAGGGGUAGAGGUCAACAUUCAGAGCCUCUGGCAGGGGUAGAGGUCAACAGUCAGAGCCUCUGCCAGACAUGUGUGUUUCACCUGCACAUGCUUAGUCAUUACAAGUCACAUGCUCACAUGAAUAAUCAUAUAUUUUUUUAUGUCUGUCUUCAGAGGACGAAAGUACAUUUUUGUUUUUACAGCUAUUUUGUUAAAUAUGCAUUUUACAUACAUUUAUCAUGUGAAUAAUCUUGCUUAUGUUAUAGGAACAUUAAGGUUUCCUCUGUUUUCCCAUGGUUCACUUCCAUGGGUUGUGUGUUUUCAAGAAGUUAAUUUAGUACUAUAGAUACAGAUUUUCAAUCUACCUACAAUGUGCUUAGAGAUUAUGUUUAAUGAGAAGAACAUGUUUAUAACUAGCAUGGGAGUGAGCCAGUCUGUUUUUCUUUUAUACAAUGAUAUGGCAUUGUUGAUCCCAGAAGUCCCAUUGUUGAUCCCAGAAGUCACAUUGUUAAUCCCAGAAGUCCCAUUGUUGAUCCCAGAAGUCACAUUGUUAAUCCCAGAAGUCACAUUGUUGAUCCCAGAAGUCCCAUUGUUAAUCCCAGAAGUCACAUUGUUGAUCCCAGAAGUCACAUUGUUGAUCCCAGAAGUCACAUUGUUGAUCCCAGAAGUCACAUUGUUGAUCCCAGAAGUCACAUUGUUGAUCCCAGAAGUCACAUUGUUGAUCCCAGAAGUCACAUUGUUGAUCCCAGAAGUCACAUUGUUAAUCCCAGAAGUCACAUUGUUAAUCCCAGAAGUCACAUUGUUGAUCCCAGAAGUCACAUUGUUGAUCCCAGAAGUCACAUUGUUAAUCCCAGAAGUCACAUUGUUGAUCCCAGAAGUCACAUUGUUGAUCCCAGAAGUCCCAUUGUUGAUCCCAGAAGUCCCAUUGUUGAUCCCAGAAGUCACAUUGUUGAUCCCAGAAGUCACAUUGUUGAUCCCAGAAGUCCCAUUGUUGAUCCCAGAAGUCACAUUGUUGAUCCCAGAAGUCACAUUGUUGAUCCCAGAAGUCACAUUGUUGAUCCCAGAAGUCACAUUGUUGAUCCCAGAAGUCACAUUGUUGAUCCCAGAAGUCACAUUGUUGAUCCCAGAAGUCACAUUGUUGAUCCCAGAAGUCCCAUUGUUAAUCCCAGAAGUCACAUUGUUAAUCCCAGAAGUUCCAUUGUUAAUCCCAGAAGUCACAUUGUUGAUCCCAGAAGUCACAUUGUUGAUCCCAGAAGUCCCAUUGUUGAUCCCAGAAGUCACAUUGUUGAUCCCAGAAGUCACAUUGUUGAUCCCAGAAGUCACAUUGUUGAUCCCAGAAGUCACAUUGUUGAUCCCAGAAGUCACAUUGUAUUGUUGAUCCCAGAAGUCACAUUGUUGAUCCCAGAAGUCACAUUGUUGAUCCCAGAAGUCACAUUGUUGAUCCCAGAAGUCACAUUGUUGAUCCCAGAAGUCACAUUGUUAAUCCCAGAAGUCACAUUGUUGAUCCCAGAAGUCACAUUGUUAAUCCCAGAAGUCACAUUGUUGAUCCCAGAAGUCACAUUGUUAAUCCCACAAGUCACAUUGUUGAUCCCAGAAGUCACAUUGUUAAUCCCAGAAGUCACAUUGUUGAUCCCAGACAUCAAAUUGUUGAUCCCAGAAGUCACAUUGUUGAUACCAGAAGUCACAUUGUUGAUCCCAGACUUCAAAUUGUUGAUCCCAGAUGUCACAUUGUUGAUCCCAGACUUCAAAUUGUUGAUCCCAGAAGUCACAUUGUUGAUACCAGAAGUCACAUUGUUGACCCCAGAAGUCACAUUGUUGAUCCCAGAAGUCACAUUGUUGAUCCCAGAAGUCACAUUGUUGAUCCCAGAAGUCACAUUGUUGAUCCCAGAAGUCACAUUGUUGAUCCCAGAAGUCACAUUGUUGAUCCCAGAAGUCACAUUGUUGAUCCCAGAAGUCACAUUGUUGAUCCCAGAAGUCACAUUGUUGAUCCCAGAAGUCACAUUGUUGAUCCCAGAAGUCACAUUGUUAAUCCCAGAAGUCACAUUGUUGAUCCCAGAAGUCACAUUGUUAAUCCCAGAAGUCACAUUGUUGAUCCCAGAAGUCACAUUGUUAAUCCCAGAAGUCACAUUGUUGAUCCCAGAAGUCACAUUGUUAAUCCCAGAAGUCACAUUGUUGAUCCCAGACUUCAAAUUGUUGAUCCCAGAAGUCACAUUGUUGAUACCAGAAGUCACAUUGUUGAUCCCAGACUUCAAAUUGUUGAUCCCAGAUGUCACAUUGUUGAUACCAGAAGUCACAUUGUUGAUCCCAGAAGUCACAUUGUUGAUCCCAGAAGUCACAUUGUUGAUCCCAGACUUCAAAUUGUUGAUCCCAGAAGUCCCAUUGUUGAUCCCAGACUUCAAUUUGUUGAUCCCAGAAGUCACAUUGUUGAUCCCAGAAGUCACAUUGUUGAUCCCAGAAGUCACAAGACCCCCAGUAGACUUUACCCAGAAGGAUUCACCCACCGGCUAUGUGUCUAAAAGCUUGUCACGCAAAGUUAGCUGAUGAAGCUUUCAAGGAGCACAAAGAAGAUUAACUGGUAAUCUAAAUCCCAGGCCAGGCUGUAGAGUGGACCUGGGUGAACCACAGGUGUCCCUCAGGCCCUCCUUAAGAGGCUCAGUGAGACUACGUGAGACACACACCAUUCUGGAUGUGGCUCGGUAAGCCAUUCUCUCACAGAGAGUGUAAAGAGAAGACAAAAAAGGAAGACACUGGAAUAAGGAAAACACCCUGGGAUCUUACGCUAUAUUAUACCUGAAGGCGGAUUUCUAGGAUAUUUCGAGGACUUAUGAGACGAUUUCUAGGACUAAUCAGAAUAUUUCCAGGACUAUUUCUAGGAAUUUUUCUAGAAUUUCUAGAACAAAUCUGUAUUUUUCUAGGACUAUUCUUUUAGACUGAUAUUACUAUUUCUAACACUACUCCUAUGACUAUUUUAGGACUAUUUGUGUGACUACUUCUAGGACUAAUCAGUCAAUUUUUUAAAGACUAAUUUGACUAUUUGACUGUCAGAUCUAUGGCUCCACUAUGGAAGUCCAUGCUCUCUAAAAGCAGUCCCCUGUACAGGGACUCUCUGUGGUCUUUCUCUGUAUGUGGGGGUCGCGCUGGGAGAGAGCCUGCCCCCCUACUGAAACAGAUGGCGAGAGAGCGGGAGUUCCUACAGAGGAAACUGGAAAUGUAAGGGGGAUGCAAUAGCCAAGAUAAUGGUCAUACAACUUGAUUGCGGUAUUUGAGCUCUGUGGUGGAUCUUAGUGACUUUCACUUGUUUGCAGCCUGUUUUCUGGUGGCCUAUGUCUGUGUGUGUGGUUGUGUCUGUCUGUAAGUGUACGUCUUGUAGAAAAUGAGUAAAAAUCUGUAGCAUAGGAUGAGAUAACCAAUCUCUCUUUCUCUCUCUAGGCUGAGUAAGGAGCUCCAGCAGAAGGAUAAGAUCAUUGAGUCGCUCCACAACAAACUCCAGCAGCGUCUAGACACCCCCUCCAGUAGCCAUGCACUCUCAGAGACCACCGACCAAUCAGACAGGACCUCCUUUGUGUCGGACGAGUGCCGGACCAAUGAGGACCUGGAGCUGUGCUCAGAUGUGGACACUGCCAGCGAAUACGCUCAGGAAGAAAAGGGACAGGGGGCGGGACAUGGCCCAGGAAGCACAGGUAUAUUAGCCGUUUAAAUACAUGUGCUAUUCAUAGACACAUACCUUACACCUGUCUCUCCCUCCAUCCUUUUUCCAAACUCCUCUCACCCCUUUCUCCACUCUUUUUCCAGACCUCCACCCCUCCCUCCCUUCAUCCUGUCUUAAGUCCUCCAGCAGCUGUCCCAACAUGCUAUACUCCACUCCCGUGGAGUCAGCCAGUCAGACUGGUCCUGUGUCCUACUCCCUACCCGCCUCCCAGUCCCUCCCCGGGCUUUACCCUAGCCGUGACCUCUGGGGUCAGCGUAUGACCUUUGACCCCCCGACCAGGACCUUCUCUAUGGAAGCGGUGCAACAGGAGCUGGAUACCCUGCACAGACAGAUGACUAUGAAUGAGAGUGAGCAGAGUUAGUGUCAGCAUGCAUUUGUGUGGUGUUCUUACUGUAUGAGGGACAACCUUGGUACGGUGGAUUGGAGGAGUAACAGAAUGGAGUAGAAACGGUGAUCUGUAGCAUGUAUUGGUUUGACACUGACAGAGACAGCAUUGGUUAGAUAGAGUAGUGUUAGUUAGCAUAGCAUGCCUGCAGUGGAUCAGGAUGAGACAGUAUAUACAGUAAUGACUUGGUAUGGAUGUGACAAUGUUGGGGUUGUGAGAUCCUAGACUAGUAUCAAUGUUGGGGUUGAGAGAUCCUAGACUAGAGACAAUGUUGGGAUUGAGAGAUCCUAGACUAGUGUCAGUGUUGGGGUUGAGAGAUCCUAGACUAGUGUCAGUGUUGGGGUUGAGAGAUCCUAGACUAGAGACAAUGUUGGGGUUGAGGGAUCCUAGACUAGAGACAAUGUUGGGAUUGAGAGAUCCUAGACUAGAGACAAUGUUGGGAUUGAGAGAUCCUAGACUAGUGUCAGUGUUGGGGUUGAGAGAUCCUAGACUAGAGACAAUGUUGGGGUUGAGGGAUCCUAGACUAGAGACAAUGUUGGGAUUGAGAGAUCCUAGACUAGAGACAAUGUUGGGAUUGAGAGAUCCUAGACUAGUGUCAGUGUUGGGGUUGAGAGAUCCUAGACUAGAGACAAUGUUGGGGUUGAGAGAUCCUAGACUAGAGACAAUGUUGGGAUUGAGAGAUCCUAGACUAGUGUCAGUGUUGGGGUUGAGAGAUCCUAGACUAGAGACAAUGUUGGGGUUGUGAGAUCCUAGACUAGUAUCAAUGUUGGGGAUGAGAGAUCCUAGACUAGAGACAAUGUUGGGGUUGAGGGAUCCUAGACUAGAGACAAUGUUGGGAUUGAGAGAUCCUAGACUAGAGACAAUGUUGGGAUUGAGAGAUCCUAGACUAGUGUCAGUGUUGGGGUUGAGAGAUCCUAGACUAGAGUCAAUGUUGGGAUUGAGAGAUCCUAGACUAGAGCACCUGCUUCUGGUCCAGAUAGUUCAAUGAUACAGCACCUGCUUCUGGUCCAGAUAGUUCAAUGAUACAGCACCUGCUUCUGGUCCAGAUAGUUCAAUGAUACAGCACCUGCUUCUGGUCCAGAUAGUUCGAUGAUACAGCACCUGCUUCUGGUACAGAUAGUUCAAUGAUACAGCACCUGCUUCUGGUCCAGAUAGUUCGAUGAUACAGCACCUGCUUCUGGUCCAGAUAGUUCGAUGAUACAGCACCUACUUCUGGUCCAGACAGUUCAAUGAUACAGCACCUGCUUCUGGUCCAGAUAGUUCAAUGAUACAGCACCUGCUUUUGGUCCAGAUAGUUCAAUGAUACAGCACCUGCUUUUGGUCCAGAUAGUUUGAUGAUACAGCACCUGCUUCUGGUCCAGAUAGUUCAAUGAUACAGCACCUGCUUUUGGUCCAGAUAGUUUGAUGAUACAGCACCUGCUUCUGGUCCAGAUAUGCUGCAAUACCCUCUAACAAGAAUGAUUUCUCUUUUACAGCACCUGAGUGUGGCUCCUUAAUACAGACUACUUCUCUGUUCUGUUACAGGCUUUGUGGUUCCUCACGCCAAGGCCCGGUCGACUGUCCCACCAGCCGCCCAUCACCAGCCCGACCACUCCCCUUACAGCCAGAUUACCCACCAUGCCUUUUACCCACUCCAGCUAGGCAGCCGACCCGCAGGCCCCGCCCUGAAGGCGGACGCAGACCUGGUGGAGAGUGGUGCAUUGUGGGAUAAGGAGAACAUUGUUCAGCCAAUCAGGGUUGGGUCAUCAGGAUACUAUUCAGGAAACAGCUUUACUGGUAAGACCCAGAGCCUUCUAUUACAAUAAAGGGCUCUCGUAAAUCCCUCCACUUGUUUUCAUCACUAACAUGGUUUGCACUAUCUAGACUCAAUACCAACAUCAAUACUUGUUCAACUAUUUUACAGCAUCUCAUUUCAUAUACAGUAUUCAGACCCCUUGACCUUUUCAUAUUUUGUUAUGUUACAGCCUUAUUCUAAAAUGGAUUAAAUAGUUUUUUCCCCUUAUCAAUCUACACACAAUACCCCAUAAUGACAAAGCAAAAACAGGUUUUUAGACAUUUUUGCAAAUGUAUAAAAAUAUAAAAACGGAAAUAUCACAUUUACAUAAGUAUUCAGACACUUUACUCAGUACUUUGUUGAAGCACCUUUGGCAGCGAUUACAGCCUUGAGUCUUCGUGUGUAUGACGCUACAAGCUUGGCACAGCUGUAUUUGGGGAGUUUCUCCCAUUCUUCUCUACAGAUCCUCUCAAGCUCUGUCAGGUUGGAUGGGGGCAUCGCUGCACAGCUAUUUUCAGGUCUCUCCAAAGAUGUUCGAUCGUAUUCAAGUCCGGGCUCUGGCUGGGCCACUCAAGGACAUUCAGAGGCUUGUCCCGAAGCCACACCUGCAUUGUCUUGGCUGUGUGCUUAGGGUCGUUGUCCUGUUGGAAGGUGAACCUUCGCCCCAGUCUGAGGUCCUGAGCGCUCUGGAGCAGGUUUUCAUCAAGAAUCUCUCUGUACGUUACUCUGUUAAUCUUUUCCUCGAUCCUGACCAGUCUCCCAGUCCCUGCUGCUGCUGCUGGAAAACAUCCCUACAGCAUGAUGUUGCCACCACCAUCCUUCACAUUAGGGAUGGUGCCAGUUUUCCUCCAGACGUGACGCUUGGCAUUCAGGCCAAAGAGUUCAAUCUUGGUUUCAUCAGACCAGAGAAUCUUGUUUCUCAUGGUCUGAGUCCUUUAGGUACCUUUUGGCAAACUCCAAGCAGGCUGUCAUGUGCAUUUUAUUGAGGAGUGGCUUCCGUCUGGCCACUCUACCAUAAAGGCCUGAUUGGUGGAGUGCUGCAGAGAUGGUUGUCCUUCUGGAAGGUUCUUCCAUCUCCACAGAGGAACUCUGGAGCUCUGUCAGAGUGACCAUCGGGUUCUUGGUCACCUCCCUUCUCCCCCGAUUGCUCAGUUUGGCCGGGCGGCCAGCUCUAGGAAGAGUCUUGGUGGUUCCAAACUUCAAUGCUGCAGACAUUUUUUGGUACCCUUCCUCAGAUCUGUGCAUCGACACAAUCCUGUCUCGGGCCUCUAUGGAUAAUUCCUUUGACCUCAUGGCUUGGUUUUUGCUCUGACAUGCACUGUCAACUGUGGGACCUUAUAUAGACAGGUGCCUUUCCAAAUCAUGUCCAAUCAAUUGAAUUUAACACAGGUGGACUCCAAUCAAGUUGUAGAAACAUCUCAAUGAUGAUCAAUGAAAACAGGAUGCACCUGAGCUCAGUUUCGAGUCUCAUAGCAAAGGGUCUGAAUACUAUUUUUUUAAUAAAAAAAAAUUGGGGAGGGGGGGGGGGGUGGAUCUUAUGUAAAUAAGAUAUUUCUGUUUUUUAUUUUUUCUAAAUUUGCUAAAAAAUUCUAAAAAUCUGUUUUCGCUUUGUCAUUAUGGGGUAUUGUGUGUAGAUUGAUGAGGAUUUUUAUUUAUUUAAUCAAUUUUAGAAUAAGGCUGUAAUGUAACAAAAUGUGGAUAAAGUCAAGGGGUCUGAAUACUUUCCGAAUGCACUGUAUAACCUGCAAAUACACAACGGUGCUAACAUAAACUUGAACAAUGUUCUGUCCCGUGUUCCCCCAGGUGUGGACGUGAUCAAGGAGAACCUGAGGGAGGUGCAGUGUCUGCGUCUGCACCUGGAGGAGUCCAUCAGGACCAACGAGAGGCUCAGACAGCAGCUGGAGGAACGCCUGUCCACCACCGGCCGCGACGGCGCAGCACCCACCAACAUCUACAUCCAGAGCCUGGACUCUGUCUGCCAGCUGUCCAAUGAGAUCAGAGUCCUGAAAGAGGAGAACCUGGCUCUCCAGGCACGCCUGCAGGCCAGCUCAGGUACUGUACCUCACCAGUCCACCCUACUGUCAACAUUGAACAAUUUAUUCAUAUUUUGUCUAUAGAGGGCUUGCAGUUGCAUCACAAAUCACCUAGCAACCGCACCAGGCACCAUGUUGGAAGACCAAAGUCAGUAUGUUGGAUGCCUCCAAUCGUCCACAUGGCUGGCUGCAUUCUGCUACCACCGGAAACUUCGGGAAGAUAGCUCAUUAUUUAUUUUUUCUAAGGACCCAGAAAACGAGGGCGUGGGAGAACCUAUUCAAGUAAGUAAAUAUAUUUUGAAAAUGAUCAACUAUUAGCUAGCUUGCUACAUAAACUUAGUGUGCAGGCUAACGUAAUGUUCGCUACCAUAGUUAGCUAACUUUACAUAUUGUAUAGCUAGCUAAGUGAAUUAAAUAUCACCAGCUUGCUAACUUCAUAUUAGCUAGUUAGCUAGCUAUCUUCAUGUAUUUAUCAUUGUAACUAAAUGCAUUUGUAGCUACAGUAGGUAGGUAGCUAGCUAGCUAACAACGAUGGAAGAGGGUGAAAGGAUUAGCUAGCAGUUCCAGCUGUCAGAGAAGGGAGAGUAGGCUACUCUGGAUAGGGCAGGUACAGUGGCUUGCGAAAGUAUUCACCCCCCUUGGUAUUCACCCCCCCAAAAGUAAAUACUUUGUAGAGUCAACUUUUGCAGCAAUUACAGCUGCAAGUCUCUUGGGGUAUGUCUCUAUAAGCUUGGCACAUCUACCCACUGAGAUUUUUGCCCAUUCUUCAAGACAAAACUGAUCCAGCUCCUUCAAGUUGGAUGGGUUCCGCUGGUGUACAGCAAUCUUUAAGUCAUACCACAGAUUGUUGUGGUGCCAUAUUCUUUCAAUUUUUUAAUAAUGGAUUGAAUGGUGCUCCGUGGGAUGUUCAAAGUUUCGGAUAUCUUUUUAUAACCCAACCCUGAUCUGUACAUCUCCACAACUUUGUCUCUGAUCUGUUUGGAGAGCUCCUUGGUCUUUAUGGUGCUGCUUGCUUAGUGGUGUUGCAGACUCUGGAGCCUUUCAGAACAGGUGUAUAUAUACUCAGAUCAUGUGACACUUAGAUUGCACACAGGUGGACUUUAUUUAACUAUUUAUGUGACUUCUGAAGGUAAUUGGUUGCACCAGAUAUUAUUUAGGGACUUCAUAGCAAAGGGGGUGAAUACAUAUGCACGCACCACUUUUCCGUUAUUUAUUUUAUGCAUUUUUUGAAACAUGUUAUUUUUUGCAUUUCACUUCACCAAUUUUGACUAUUUUGUGUAUGUCCAUUACAUGAAAUCCAAAUAAAAAUCCAUUUAAAUUACAGGUUGAAAUGCAACAAAAUAGGAAAAACGCCAAGGGGGAUGAAUACUUUUGCAUGGCACUGUACCUUUGUGGGAGAACAUUAUGAGAAUAUUCUCCAGUUCCAGUCCCUAAUGAGAAAAACUGAGGACAGAGAGAGAUAGCAACAUAAUAUUCAGGGCUGUCUAAUUGAGUAUCAUGCAACAUGUUUCUUUGUGAUGUUUUCUGUCCUCAGAUAGAGUGCAGAUGAAAACGUCCCAAUCAAUUUCCCAAGAGAAUAAGGGAACAUCCUUGUAUACCAUGGAUUAUAUGUGUACCUAUGUUGGCAAAUUUUGUGAACGAAAAUACAGUUUAAAAGUCCCACAUAAUGUAUAAACCUAUUACAACUGGAGAAGGCCACCCCUGCUGGGUGUGCACUUUUCUGUUCCAGGGGUCAGUGGAGUGAGGUUGGACACCUCUGGUAUUUACUUUUUUUUGUUCACCUCAAAUGAUGCUUUAGUAGUAAUAACAUACUUGUUACUAAAAUAUCUAACCUUUACAUAUGAGUUAGCUUACUUGUACACUUUGAAAUUAUAUGAAAUAGUGUUGAUUCUUUGAAGUUAAGUGUUUAAACUUGUUUUAAUUGUUAACUAUUAUUCAAGAUGAACGAUGUUGAUUAAUCACAGAUCACAAUCCUGCAAUAAAAAGGGGAAGGGAUCUGUCUCUAAUUUGUCUGUGUUUCUCUGCUGUAUUCUCAAAUUAACAUUACCUUUUUGUUCAGUUAUAAGCACUCCAAUUAGUUUUAUUUGAUUGUCACUAUUUUUUCAGGAUAUCAGCCAUGUGAACCCAUUUUGCAGCUGAUAAUGGUAUGCAACGCCAAUGCAGCCAUGGGCCUACAGCAGUGGUUCCCAACUCCAGUCCUUGAGUACCCCAAACAGCACACAUUUUUAUUGUAGCCCCGGACAAACAUACCUGAUUCAACUCAUUGAGGACUUGAUGAUUAGUUGACUAGUUGAAUCAGGUGUGUUUGUCCAGGGUUACAAUAAGACUGUACUGUUGGGGGAACUCGAGGACCGGAGUUAGGAACCACUGGCCUACAGUAUGAUGGCAUUAGCCUUAUUGCCAUUUUCAAUGCAUCCCUUGACAUUGAGCAUCUGAAGCAGAGAAUAACUUAACUAACACAUUGUUUACAUUGUUCAGCUAUAUGUUCUCAAUUUAAAAAAUGAUACCAGUAGACAAUGUAUGAAGCUAGUCAUUAUUUUAGAUUUUGUCCAUGCCUUGUGCUGACAUUAAAUUGUUCAGCGCAAAUCCAAACCUUGUAAUCUAGGUGGUGAAAGGUCUGGAAGCAGGAGAUGAUGGGAUCCUUAGCUUGGUGAGUGGGAAGUGCCACUGUGAUAAUUAAGAUGGUUUGCCUAAGACUACCACAACAAUUACAUUGUCUAUGCUACAUGUUUUAAAUUGUAAAUGAAAGACAAUAGUUGGGCUAUAAGAAAUAUAUUUUAUUCAAUGGGGAUAGGCAGAGAUUAUAAAAUACUUUUAAUUUCCCCCAUACAACAAUAUAGCCUAUUAUUAAAGUACAGUUUGUUUACAAUAUCAACAAUAGUAUUUUACACCUUCCAAAUUACAUUUUAUAUGUUCACACAGUUUAAGGGGGCACUUUUGUCAUGACGACAAAGUGAAGGUGCUUUCUACUUAAAUGGCACAACAGAAUCAUUCAGAUUGUCCAAAGCACAACAUAUGACAACCAUCUCGUAUAACUGAGGGAUGUCUCCUUUCAUAUCUGGAAAAGGACAAAGUAGAAGUAGAAACUGAUGCUGCUGCAGCAUUGGUCAUCUUCACAGUGGGAAUCCAGUAGACAUGGGUGUCUUGAUAGAGGUCAGCUGGUGAACCCACAGUACAUAAACAAAUGAGAAGCACAGCUGAUGUUAGAAUAUGACUUUUUCAGGUCACCUAUACCAUCAGGGCUCUUAAGUGUUUGGUUGUGUUUAAUUCAUUCAGGUGUUUUAGUGUCAUAUAAAUAUUAAAUAUAUUGUUGGGCUGGAACAACCAAUAGUCAACGCAGCUGGUUGUCCUAUCCCAUUGAGGCAUUUGCCCCUACAUUUUCCCUCCUCUUAUGAAUAAAGUUCUAAAAAAUUAUCAUUGGGUUAUCAUAUGAAUGUAUGAUAACCGCUGGAGUUUUUUGGGACAAUAAUAUCCUCCAGGCUAUUAUAUGGACGUCAUUAUGUACAAUUAGCUUCUCCCCUUUUCAUGGUCAUGGCUAGAAAGUAUACAGCUUUUGUCAAAGUAAAUACAAUGAUAGAUGCAUGUAAUCCUUGGUUAUAAAGGUGCAUUUUUAUGGUAAAAAAUUUGCUUCCCCAAAACUUGAAACUCACGUGACACAUGCUAAUCGCUAGACUACAAGCUAUCGAGCUAGCUAUCUAAUUUUGGCUAACUUAGUAUAGUUGUUAACACCUGGUUAGCAUAACAGCGAAACUAAACUCGAAAACUUGACUUUCCAGUGAUGAAAUGAUCGUAGCAAACCCUGUAUUGACAGCUGUCUGGGUUCAGGUCUUGAUGGGCAAAAAGGUUUCUUUGCUUUUCUGACAGUUCUUGAGUCUUAUCUCAUUGGUGUCACCAAUGGUGUUUCAUGAUUGCGGGAAUUUGUAAACAUAUUUUUUUCCCAUUGUCUUUCCUGCCUUGUUAGAGCAGUCAAAUGCUCCACAGAAAACGACUGGGGUGAUGAAUCAACUAGUUUUAGGCACUGUUAUCAUGCAGUUUGGGGUAGCCACUCGGCUGUUGUUGUCAGAAGAAUUAACGCAGUGGUCUUCCAACACGGCCACCAGGAGGCGUUCUACGUCAACUGACAGCCCUCUAUAAGGCAUGGAUUUUUCAUAAACAUUUGAAAUUGUUCAAAAGGAUGUGAUGUAGUGUCUGUCUCUGCCUUCCCAUCGUGUGGUUCCCCCUCAGACACGUGUAAGGAGGCGGAGCAGCUGCGUGAGGUGGUGGUGACGGGGCGUGCCCGCCUGAAGCAGGCGGAGCUGGAGGCGGAACAGUGGAAGGAGGAGCUACGCCGGCUGCAGACGCACAGCCAGGAGCAGGGACAGCAGAUACAGACACUCAGACAGGAGAGGCAGAACAGCCAUGACAAGAACAAUAGGUGUGUGCGUGUGUGCGUGCGUGCGUGGCUGACGGUGGCUGACGGUAUGUGUAUUAACUGUGUAUUACUCUCCAGGCUCCAGCACGAGGUGUCCCUCCUCCAGCAGCAGUUGUGUGAGAGCAGGGAGCUGCUCCACUCUCUGCAGAAUGAGCUGCAGGUCUACCACGGAGUGUGUGCCAAGGUCAAGGGCAACCCAGGUCUGCCUUCUCACUUUAUCUACAGGCUAUUGGUUGUAUAGAGAGCACUGUAAUUCAGGAGUUUGCCUUUAUAUCAACUCUCACCAAUGGAGAAUAAAAAAUAAAUAUUCUAACUUGAGAUACGUGUACAUAACUGGGACUUUUGCAUAUAGAAUUCAAAAUGAUCCUCAGAAGUCGUUUAGGUCAUUUAGAGGACCUCUACUUGCUGUGGGCCAAUGACAUUCACUCUGUUAUAUUGAUACUUGCUGUGGACCAAUGACAUUCACUCUGUUAUAUUGAUACUUGCUGUGGGCCAAUGACAUUCACUCUGUUAUAUUGAUACUUGCUGUGGGCCAAUGACAUUCACUCUGUUAUAUUGAUACUUGCUGUGGGCCAAUGACAUUCACUCUGUGAUAUUGACUGACACUAUUGUUGUGAUUUACAGAGUACCUGUGUGAGAGCCAGUACGGUAGGAUCCCUUCCCUGCCCCUGCCCGUGGAGCUGGGGGAGCUGCUAGGGGAGGUGAGGAGCCUCAGAGCCCAGCUCCAGAGCAGUGUCCAGGAGAACAGUGCCCUGAAACAGCUGGAGCUCCACAAACACCUGGAGCAGAAGCUGGGUGGGGGCGUCCACGGAGGGGUGGGGAGCAUUGGGGGGAUGGAGCCCCUGCGUACCCCGUCUCUCAGUGCCCUUACAGACAGCCCCCAGAGGGACAGCCUCUACAGACGGCAGCUACUGCAUGGUAACGGGGGUGUUGUGUGGUGUAAUGGUGUGGUUUGAGGUUACAAUAUGGAAAUACAUUUUGAUAUCAGCUUGAUAGGCACCAACACUCAAUGCCAGCCUAAGAUUGAUAUUGGCCCACUCGUCAACACUAUGAAUGGGACAGAAGAGUCCAGAAAGUUUGUCUCAUGUAAAUCCCAUUGAACUGACUGAUUGAUGUGUUUAAUGAACUAAUAACAACAGACUAAUGAGUGAAGUGUUUGAUUUGAAGCAUUAUCAUUAAUUAAAUGUAGUUGAAUGCUCAGGGUUGUGUGUGUGUGUGUGGUGACCGAGCAUCCCUGUCUGUCUCUGUGUGUGUUCUGCAGAUCCAGCGCCGUCUCCCCCGGUCAGAGACAUUGGGUUGUUUAACUGUGGAUCUCCAUACCACGUCCCCUACACAGACCUGGAGGAGACCCCGCUCACUGCCAAUGGUGUGACUCUAACUCUAACUGCACUACAUCCUGUUCCAUCUUUGUGUGAUGUGUGACAAAUUGAGAAAUUAGUGUUAUACAUACAUUCUAGAAUAAUAGUGAAGACAUCGAAACUAUGAAAUAACACAUAUAGAAUCAUGUAGUAACCAAAAACGUGUUCAACAAAUCAAAAUAUAUUUUAUAUUUGAGAUUCUUGAAAGUAGCCACCCUUUGCCUUGAUGACAGCUUUGCAAACUCUUGGCAUUCUCUCAACCAGCUUCACCUGGAAUGCUUUUCCAUAUGCUGAGCAAUUGUUGGCUGCUUUUCCUUCACUCUGCGGUCCAUCAUCCCAAACCAUCUCAAUUGGGUUGAGGUCAGGGGAUUGUGGAGGCCAGGUCAUCUGAUGCAGCACUCCAUCACUCUCCUUCUUGGUCAAAUAGCCCUUACACAGCCUGGAGGUGUGUUGGGUCAUUGUCCUGUUGAAAAACAAAUGAUUGUCCCACUAAGCCCAAACCAGAUGGAAUGGGCUAUCGUAGAAUGCUGUGGUAGCCAUGCUGGUUAAGUGUACCUUGAAUUCUAAAUAAAUCACAGACAGUGUCAGUGUCACCAGCAAAGCACCCCCACACCAUCACACCUCCUCCAUGCUACACGGUGGGAACUACACAUGCGGAGAUCAUCCGUUCACCCACACCGCGUCUCACAAAGACACAGCGGUUGGAACCACAAAUCUUCAAUUUGGACUCCAGACCAAAGGACAGAUUUCCACCGGUCUAAUGUCCAUUGCUCGUGUUUUUUGGCCCAAGCAGGUCUCUUUUUCUUAUUGGUGUCCUUUAGUACUGGUUUAUUUUCAGCAAUUCGACCAUGAAGGCCUGAUUCACACAGUCUCCUCUGAACAGUUGAUGUUGAGAUGUGUCUGUUACUUGAACUCUGUGAAGCACUUAUUUGGGCUGCAGUUUCUGAGGCUGGUAACUCUAAUGAACUUAUCAUCUGCAGCAGAGGUAACUCUGGGUCUUCCUUUCCUGUGGCGGUCCUCAUGAGAGCCAGUUUCAUAAUAGCGCUUGGUGGUUUUUGCGACUGCACUUGAAGAAACUUUGUCUUAAAGUAAUGAUGGACUGUCAUUUCUCUUUGAUUAUUUGAGCUGUUCUUGCCAUAAUAUGGACUUGGUCUUUUACCAAAUAGGGCUAUCUUCUGUAUACCCCCCUACCUUGUCACAACACAACUGAUUGGCUCAAACGCAUUAAGAAGGAAAGAAAUUCCACAAAUUAACUUUUAACAAGGCACACCUGUUAAUUGAAAUGCAUUCCAGGUGACUACCUCAUGAAUCUGGUUGAGAGAAUGCCAAUAGUGUGCAAAGUUGUCAUCAAGGCAAAGGGUGGCUACUUUGAACAAUCUCAAAUAUAACAUAUAUUUUGAUUUGUUUAACACUUUUUUGGUUACUAUAUGAUUCCAUAUGUGUUAUUUCAUAGUUUUGAUGUCUUCCCUAUUAUUCUACAAUGUAAAAAUAAAGAAAAACCCUGGAAUGAGUAGGUGUGUCCAAACUUUUGAAUGGUAAUGUAUCUGAUUCACAAAUCUGUAGCAGUUUACACAAGUCUACACAAAUAGUCCAGGAAGGAUGUUAUUAUGGAAGUUAAUCACUCUUAUAAAAUAAUUAUCUCUUCAUAAAAUGACGACAUCCUGUAGAUCUGGACCCCCACUCAGAGCUGCAGGGGGACGCCCCGGACGGCUCAUUCUCUAACCGGAACGGGCGCCACGCCAUCGGGCACGUGGACGAUUACAGCACCUUGCAGCAGCAGGUCCUGGAGGGGAGGAGUCUGGUCCAGAGAAUGGAAACAGCCCUUCAGGCCUGCCUCAGCCAAUCAAUGCUGGUGGACAGCCAGGACCAGGUAAUGGGGGGUCACAGGGAAGCUAGUACCAUUAUCUAUUUGUGCCAACAUCUGAAUUAGCGAUGACCUAAUCCUGAAACUCAUAACCAAAUCUGGUGUGCGCGCUGGCCACCUUCUCGAUGUGUACAGUCUGCCAGUACAGCUACUUUCAGGGAAUCUUAUGAGUCUAGCUAACUGUGUCUGUCUCUGUCUAGGUCUUCCUGGACUAUGGGUGUGUGAGGACUCUGUUGUCUAACACCAAGACCCUGAGACAGAUCCUGGAGGAGGCUGUGUCCCUGCUGAAGAUGUUCUGGAGGGCUGCCCUGCCCAGCACCGACCGCUCCACCCACAACCUUAAGAAGGUACCCAAUACAUUAUUUACUACCAGUGUAUUAUUUUGUCGAUUUGUUGUAAUUGAUGGUUUGUGACAUCAUGUGUCAAUCGUGUGGUGGCUUUGAGGCUCUCUGUUGAUGAUGCAGGUUCUAAGCUAGUCAGACAUAUGAGCUGGUGUUUGGUUUAUUGAUGUACUGAAUUAUUGAACUUGAUUGAUCAGUCUGAUUGAUUGCUGUGACCCCUGCAGGAGCAAUGUAUGCAGGAGGAGAUUCUGUCUCUGAGGGGGCGUAUCUCAGAGCAGGAGGAGGUUCUCCAGGGAACCAUCCAGAGACUGAGGAGCACCAGCCGCACCAAUGAGAGCAUGGAGCACUUCAUCGUCAACCAGCGUGAGUGUUUGUGUGUGUGUGCGUGUGUGUGUGCGUGCGUGCGUGCGUGCGUGUGUGUGUGCGCGUUACGUUGGUGUUACAGCAAAGGGAUUUUUUUUCUCGCCUUUUAUAUUGCAGUAUCAAGGACUCGCGAUGUCCUGAAAAAAGCAAGGACUAACUUGGAGGUAAGAGAUGAUCAUUUUCCGUGACAUAUCUUGUAUACACAUAGAAUGUUGUUAAGGUGUUGCGUUCAUUGUCCCAGUGUCAGUACUGUACUCUCGCCCUGUCUGUUCCACCUGUUCUUUCAACCUCCGUGUAUCUUCCCUCCUUUCUCUCCUUCUUCUCCUCCUCCUCUUUUCCCGAGUACCUCCAGAAGAACGAGCGGAGGAUUUCUUCUCUAAGCUCCUCCUCUUCCUCUCCUUAUGCUGGUAAAGGGUUUGGCAUGCUGUGGCUGUCAUGCUGUGUGACAUCACUGCUUUACCAUCCAAUCAAACAACAAAAUAAUAAUCAUAAAGGACUAUCAUAAGUGUAUAGAUAUAAUUAAUAGAAACCAAUGAAUAUAAAUCAUGGAAACCUGAAGAGUGUGUGUGUGUGUGUGUGUGUGUGUGUGUGUGUGUGUGUGUGUGUGUGUGUGUGUGUGUGUGUGUGUGUGUGUGUGUGUGUGUGUGUGUGUGUGUGUGUGUGUGUGUGUGUGUGUGUGUGUGUGUGUGUGUGUGUGUGUGUGUGUGUGUGUGUGUGUGUGUGUGUGUGUGUGUGUGUGUGUGUGUGUGUGUGUGUGUGUGUGUGUGUGUGUGUGUGUGUGCGUGCGAUUGGCUGAAACCCAGGGCAGACUGAAGCUUUUAAGACUCUUACUGGUAUUUAAACUUACAGGUUAGCUACUUACUGAGGGGAGGCUUUUAGAUAACACAUUUUAGAUAACAAUAGAGCUCAUUCACCCAAUGGCAUUUUCAGCUUAUCUUCAUCUGCAAGCACACUAACUAUUGUUGUGGUUUCAUACUAACAAAGCAAAACAAAUUUCAAACAUUCAUAUUCCAUUAACCUCAACAAAUCUUCUGAAUCCUUGCAGAUAAACUUCAACUUUGCACACUCUACUCUUCAUUGCGGUGUGAUGUUUAAAAAAAUGUUAAUCAACUUUUUGGCUGUGGCAUCUUCUCUUCAUCUGAGUAUGUACCAGGAGUGUAGCAGUGAAUAAUCUAAUCUUUCUUUCUCCCCAUUUUCCCCUCUUCUCCCUUUAGCUGAAGACCGAAGUCCCGGCAACGAACGGCCUACUGAUUGGAGUUUCUUGAAGCCUGGCGACGCCCCGGCAAUGGCAAAUCAGCGUCCAGGAACCAGGAAGCGCAGCAGCCAGUGCCUGUUUUAGGCGCUGACUUGUUAAAGAAUCAGCCAGCCCAACACCACAACCUCUGAACUCUGACCUCACCGCCAGAACAGCCACGACCCCUCCUCCUCUGACUCCAGCCUUACCUGUCACCCCAUCCACCUCUUUGCUUUGUCUCUAGCAUCCAACGUCCAUCUCUUUCUUUUUUUCUCUUUCUUUCUUAUCUCUCCUCCACUUCUCUCCUGUCGGCAAUUCGAGCCCAAUACUCCUGCCUCCUGCACCUCGAGCCGUACCUGAACUCUUCCUCCUUUAGUGUUCAUUCCUCCACACUCCUUUUGACUGUUUUCUUUUCUCCUCCUCCACCCCUGUUCUUCUGUUGGUGUCUUUGAGCUCCAGAGACAGUUGGUCCAGUCUGAUGAUUGCCUUGUUGUGAGCGUGAAGAAGGUGGUUUGAAACGUGCCUCUGAUGGUAACAGUAAUGUGCGCCCUUGACUGCUGUAGAAGGAGUAGGAUGAAGCUGCCUCUAGACAAUGAGCUAAGGUCAGAUUUGCCUUUUCCCCAAUGGUAAAGGUUAUGGGAUUUGGGGACGGUAGGCUGAUCCUAGAUCUGUAGCAAAGGGAAGCUUCUACCCGGAGCAUAGUAGAUUGUGCUCUUCUGCCUGGCAGCUUUUGGACGGGAUAAGUGUCAAUGCAUGUGAACUCACGGCUUGAGAAAGGAAACGUAUAGUAUACAAACGCAUACACGUAUACAGUACGGUACACAUAGAAGUAGAAUAGGCGUGGAACCUCUAACCCUGGCAAUGGGGACGCCCAUUCUAUUCAUUCUAUUUCUGUGACAGUACACACGUCACACACAUACGUUCACAGACAUACGUGAACAAUCAAUUUCUUUCAAGACAAAUCUUCAACUUUCACUGCCACAGAAAUGCAAGCUUUCUCCUCGUGGCAUUUCAUCAAUGAGUACUUUCUUUGCAAGUACAAUGCAAAAAGUAAAAUAACAUCCACAAUCUAGCUAGAUCUUCUGGAAUCACAGUGGAGGAAUGUAUAGGUGUAACACUUCUAGGUAAUUGUUUGCUAUAUUGAUCUGUGGAGGAUGAUGCCUUUGGAUGGUCUGUCUGCCAUUAGCCAAGGCUUCUGGAUAGCAGAACAAAGGCCUCGUUCCAUUUCAGUCACUAGCCCCUUCCCCUCGCUCCUACUCAAUCGGUAUUCACAGAUCUGAAUAGACUGGAUAGGUGAAAGCAAUAUGUUGAUGCUUCGCCUAGUCCUCCGAUAAGUAAAGUUGAGCUUCCGCUGUGUUGCUUUUAUCUAUCCAGUCCUAGCUGAUCUAACGCUGACGGGGUAAAGGCUAAAAGAAGGGGCUAGGGGCUGAAAUGGACCGAGGCCAAACAUGCGUAUUCAAGCUCCUCUUUAGGAGUCCUCAGACGAGCAUGUGCAAUACUUACGUUGUUUAUUGAAUGAUCAUGGCGCACCAGCUUUUAGUUUUUUUGCCUGACACUGGAACUAAAGUAUUUAACCUCUCUUGAUAAGUGAAAAAGACUGUCGGUGCAAUAUUAUACUAAUAACUAUCUUAUACUAACUUAUGAAUACUACUGACUGAAACAAAGUGAAGUUUUUCUGCAGUGUUGAUGCAUGAAAGAAGUUUUAAAAGGAAAAAUCGAAACAUUUGUUCGUGGAACACGGGAUCACCAAUACUUGCCAAAGUUUGAACUUUGAACUCUUCACGUCCUUGUUUGCCUUACACAUGCGAAUGACAUACUGUAGGAGUGAUGUGACUAAAGGAAGUCAUCAUCAGCCCAGUAUAUGAGACCAUCUAUGACAUCAUGAUGGAGAUAUAAUUUCAUUGGCUGCUCUUUGAGAGCCAUUUGAACCAGAGAGACGGUAACCGUUAGAUUAUAAAUGUGCUUUAUAACGAGGACAUCUUGUCAUAAAUGGACCAAAAAUGUCUAAAAGUGAAUCUUUCAUACUAGGCUUCUAUUGCUUUGUGAAUUCCAAAAACCUAAAUUGUGCUCCUGUAAGAGAUGUACCACUAAAACAGAGAAUACUAUUCUGAUUGUUAAAUUUCCAUUGGACUUACGGUUUUUUGUCUCGGUUUAGCCCGUCAUUGCGUUCCCAUGAUGUUGUUGGCUAAAUGUUCCGUAUCCUUCUAGGUGUUACAAACUUUGGCAGGCUACUGGUGGGACCAGUGUUCUAGAUUUCACUAUCGGUGAUGAUGUCACACCCGAAGGUGUUUCUUCCAACGCUGCUUAUGAUUGUUUUGAGUGUCCUUGCUGUACAUUUGGCCAUUUUCACGCUGUAAAUGACUUGCUUUUUCACUGUAUUCUGUUGACUGACCUUUUGGUGUGUGGAUAAUCAUGUCAGACAUUUGCUCUGUAUGCAAACGUCGAAUAUCUGGGUAGCUGUGCAAUAGCUCUACGCUAAAUCUACUUUAUUUUGAUGUACACAUCAUUGUAUUAACGAUAUAUUUGCUUCCUUGAGUGUUCCUGCUUUGUAUGGUUUAUUGAUUUAGUUUUUUAGAUUAUGCCAGAUUGUAAUAAGAUAGCCACAUAUCUGUUAUGAAAUCACAAAGAUAUGCCUUUUCUUAGGAUAUAAGGGAAACCAGUAUUAUUACUUACAAACCCACCUAUUAUUAACCUUUGGAGGCUUGCCUUUAAAAUUAGUUUGGCCACUGCAAUUUGCUCCCAACUUACUUGGGGCUCUAUUCGAUCUGUAAAGCUGAAGCGUUACAGAUUCUGCGACAGAAAUGUGAAGGUAGUUUCCGAUUGAGCCGACAGAUGCAGCGUUUACCGUGAAUGCAGCGGGAACAUUGCUCUUUUAAAAAUGUCAAUCGCGCUGUAAAGCUGAACUUCAGCGAUGUGGAUUGAAUAGAGCCCUUGGAGUUACUAGCGCUUGGUGUCUAUCCUAGGUAUAUAUCACCGUAUAUCUGCCAACAAGGUCUUGUUUGCGCUCCACUCAAUUGAAAAUCCCUAGAGGGGAUUCUAAUAGAAAACAUUCUAAUAACAAACGUUCUAAUAUAAAACCCCAUGCUGUUUGGUUCUUUUAGACAAAUAAGGAUUUGAUGAGAAGAUUCAGAGAAAGAUUAGGGGGAAAUAAUAUUUUAUACCAAAGCAGAAAAAAACAACCAUAGGAUUGUGUCAGAGUAGAACAGAACAUUGCCAGAGAGUGUGAACAAUGCCUUUUUUACUACGCAUUGUGUAGAAAGGAAUCAAACAGCAGUAUUUAGCCGUGUCUAAUAGUUGGUCCUGAAACUUGUAUUUAAUGGUAUGUGAUUGAAAUGGAAGAGCAGCUUGGUUGGUCAGGUUGUGUGUGUGAUAAAGUGUGUGCUGAUGAAGCUAAUUAGGAUGCCGACACAGAGCUCAUCCAUGGGCUCUGUCUCUGAAGAUGGUCACUGUGUGUGUGUUGUGUUGCCACAGUGUUAUCACAAUGAGGGAUUUUGGGUUCAAAAAAUAAAUACAAAAUAUUUAAAAAAUA